CCAUUACUCAGGGCUCGGACUUCCUGGAUACGGUGAGAAACCCGGAAGUUAGGGGAGAGGAAGGAACCGGAGUACACAGGCAGGGGAUCUCGGCGUGAUGAAUUGGUGAGCUAAUACGCUAACAGGGAGAUGUCUGGCUGGAAUGGGUGGGGGAUGUAUCUGGCUGACCAUGUAUACUGCUGACUGUCUGCUUUUAGUAGUGUUGUCCUAUGUGGAUAUUUACUAAUCACAUUCUACUGCAACCAGAGAUCCCAGCACUUUUAUAUAUAUAUAUAUAUAUAUAUACUGCUAGACAUGUAUUGUCACUGGCUCAUUGUAUGGAAAUAUAACCUUCUCAAAGGGAUUGUGUGAAAUGUAUUUUGGUUUGGCUUGUGUGUUUUUGUUUGGUUUUUUUACACUACGUGUGUGUAUACAGUAUGCAAUAUAAUCCUGGAAGUUUGGCACCCGGCAAUUUGAACAAUUGAGCUUGUGUGCAAGGAUAAAAGUAUGUUUUUUAUUGUAUUGUACUGGCCAGUUGAAUAAACUUAAUGUAGUGGAUAUGGUGUAAGGGCCCUAAUGGUGCAGCCAUUUCAACUUUUAUUUUACGAAAAUGCUUAGUUCCCCGAAACUCUCCUUGGGAUGACAUAUGAAGAUAAUUUCUAAGGAUAAGAGCAAUUAAACGGCAUCAAACCAAAAUUUGGGAUGUCAUAACCUGUCUUGUGAGGGAAUCUAGUCCUAUGCAAAAGAUUUAGCGGAGUUAACCAAUACAGAUGUUUACUAAGUAAUGCCAAUUUCAAUGGCAAAUCAAAAUAAAACAAGUCCAUAGGAUAUUCCAAGCUGAGGGAUUUGGCUUGUCCGAGCAGAGAACUAUCUGAUUAGUUUCAUGCUGCUCUAAAGUUUGUCAAACGAUGAGGAGCAUGAACCAUAGAAACAUUGCAUGAUAACCACUACAUAAUGUAGUAGUAAUUAUGGUGCUUGCAGAGUUUCUUUACCACCUUUAGCAGCAUCAAAAUGAAUAUAUGAAAUACAAUAUGCAUACAGUGACCAUGGUGCUGAUUUAAUUAGAAAUUCUUGUAAACAAUUCUAUAAGAUGCUAUUGUGGCACUCGAGCAUACAUUUUUGAUUUGAGUAAAUUUGAUCUUGUCUCAAGCUGUAUGAGAGAAACUUGCCCUACACAAAUUAAAUUUUUUUGUUUUGACUGAUUUAUCUUUGACAGAAUAUCACUAAUAUUUUUGAUGUACCCUUAAUGUACAUUUAAAUAUUAUAUGUACAUGUAAUUGACUGUAUAUCUAUAUAUGACACUAAACAUUUCUAAAAUUAUCUGACUUUGAUAGUUACACUCCUACACAUCUAAGCAAAUGGAUAUAGGGUUUAAUUUUAAUGAAAUGCUCCACGCACGUUAACCAUUAUAGUGUGCUAUGGUUGAUAUGGUGCUAGGAGUGCCCUGGCUCCCAAAUGUAAGUAGUCAAACACAAGUUAAGCCAUUCACGUGGUUAGUAGAGGCAGAGAACUUUUGGCUGAAUAAGAAGCAGGGCUUAGUGAACCCAGUGUGAGAACUGUUGUGACUACUUAUGGGAGGGCGGUCCUGGCGCCAUAAACACUACAGUACACUGUAGUGGUUAUAUUGCGUUGAGUGUUAAUUGAAGGUUGCAAUGGAGCAUUCCUGUUACCGUAACCACUAUAUGGUGCUUGGACUUUUUCUUUAAUCGCUUAAAAGCAUAACAUUUUUUUUUUUUUUGAGUAGUAGUAUAUGAGGUACUUCAGUUGUACGUAUGCCAUAACAGCAGAACUGGUGUUUUCAGGCACUUUUUCUUUAGACCACUUGUUAAAAGACUAAUUCUAUAUUUCAUGGAGAACACCCUAGUCCUUUAUUAGUUUGUCUAGUGAAAGAAUAUUUUAUUUAAGUAUUGGUAUUUUUUAAGUAAAAAUAAAACUGCUGUUGAUUACUAAAAUAUAAAAAGUGUAACUGCAAAAAAGUGUGUGUAACAAAGAGGGCUGCAGUGGGGCCAAUUAAUUUUUUGUUACAAUACUUUUAAUUUUGUUUUGAAAAAUCCAAUGCUCUCGUGUGUGUGUGUGUGUAUGUGUAUAUAUACCCUGUUUGACAAUAUAUAUACACACACACACACACACACACACACUCUACAAGGAUUAUUCAGCUUUAUUGCUCAGAUUCCAUAAAGGUCAGUCAACGUUUCAGUUCUCUACAGGAACUUUCAUCAGGACAGUAUGGCUUACUAUAUAUACUUGUAAUAAUUUUUUUUUAGUACAACAUUCUCCUAUUCACUAAUCAAAUAUUUAAAAGAUGAAGGAAAACUGUUGUCUCCAAUGUAUUUCCAAAGGUCUGCACUAGUUUCAGCACAAUGGGCACUAUGUAUCUUUGUACUUCUUGGGACUUACUUUCCUAGAGUCAAUAUAUUUAGCUGUAAUUUCAUAUGGGUCUAUCUAUUUUAUUAUUCCUGUAGUAGGUUGAAACAAUGACUGCUUAUGAAGUAGAGGGAAACUUCAGUGGGUUUGAGGAUGAUUUGUGCAUCAAACAACCCAGUCAUUUGGCAGGGUGCGGAGUUCUGGGUAUGCCGAUGGAAUGGGUGAUGUGCCGUAAAUUUCCUUUACUGUGCAUCAACAACACGGAUUUUAUCUCUUAUCUGUAUUAAGUGUUACCUGAUAAUAUGAUUGUGGCAAACGUGUCGUGCAUGUUGGCUUCUGCUAAGGCUUCUUACCAAUGGUCUCAUUUGGCCCGCGCUGGCCCUGUUUGACAAGGAAGAAAAAAUUGGUUUUGGAUAAUUCAAAAGUGAAAAUUUCUAUAAAUGUGAAUGAAUUCCUGUUAUAGGUUAGUUUAGUGAGUUUCAGACAUGAAUAAACAUUUUUUUGGUAGAACAUAUGUUGUGGGUAGCAAUUGUUUAUUUUCCUAGCUGCGUGAUGGGAUUGAUAUCCUACGCCUUUAGAUACCCAUGCAUCACUUAGUCUUUCUUGGCACUGCAAGGGUUACAUAGCCUAGCUCAGAUACAGCAUCCCUCUCUCCACCCAGCUAAUUCUUGGAUAUAUCUGGCUGUUCUCCAACUCAAAGAGAAAAAUAUCAAAUGCAGCCAAAAAAGCUAAGCAAACAAAAUUUAGCUGAAAAUUAUAUAUGUAUAACAGCCGUUUCCUUAUUCACCCUGUUCUGAAGAAUAUGAUACAGGCUAUAUAUCUACAGUGAUAGUGGACUGGCAUUCCACUUAAGAAAGAAGAUUAUCUACAUACAAAUAUGACCGUGCAGGGAUAUAGAGAGCUUAUUGUUCUAUAAUGUAGAAUUUUUUUUUUCUUCUUUUUUAAAAGUGCACCUGUCUUUUUUUUAUUUUUUUUUAUUUUUAUUACAUGGUUGCACUACUUGAUUAGCAGGUGACAAAAAAACCCAGACCACCGUGAGCGAAAACCCUCACUGAGCCCGUAUUGGUUGAGGAGUAAUUAAAGGGGGUGGUAACCCCAGAUUAAUAUCAGAAGAAAGAAAAUCAUAACGAGCCUUCCAAAAUGAAAGGCCUAGAACCGAUACAAUUACUCACAGAAUUUGAAUAUUAUCAAUUGAACAAUAUAGGGAUAAAUGUUAAGAAGAGAUGGUUAUUAGUUAAAAUGGUACUGCUUUAUUAGAUCCCACGUAGGGAAAACACACUCACUGAUAUGUCACAAACACAAAAAAAAAACCCACGUAAAAUGAAAAAUCAUUAAAAUUAGUUAAAUACAAAGAAUGUUUAAAGAUUAGGAAGAGACAAAUAUCUAUCUAGGCUUAUACUCAGAACCCUGUGCCAAAUGACAAUGUUGCAAAACCUCGUAUCUCACUUAUUUAUUGAAAUAAACAUACCAGAGUAUUGUUGCAAUUUAGAUGGCUACAGAUGUUAUUAAAAUGUUGUUACAUAUCAUAAGAUGUGCAGAGUUAGAGCUUUAAUAAAAUAUAUAUAGAUCAGAGGCAAAAUUAGCAAUGUGCUUAGAUAGGGAGGUAAUAUAUUUCUGAGAUAGAAGUGAGGAUGCAAACUGUUAGCAAUUAGAAAACCACCUAAAUGGUAGCUAUAAUAUCCCUAUAUUAAGGGAGUGAGUAUGUUUUUCCUACCUGAUUAGCAGGUGAAUUUAUUUCCAAACACAUUUUUCAGUACUGACAUAUUGCAGUGUGGCCUCUCUGUUCGACUGCGUGCACGGCUGUCCACCCCUGAUUAUAUUAUUUUUUUGUUAGCAUAGUGUAUAGAGUGGAUAUCAUCUGAUGAUCACUUUACAUUUUGUUUUUUUUUAAUCCUUUUUAUUGUCCAUCUAUUUUUCACUACACUACAUCAGCCAGAGAGCCGAAAGCGCCUACUUAGAAUUGUUUAUUGGCUCUGUUGAACAAAGUCCUGCACUCUCGGGUUUAGCACAGCGUCCGGCUCUCUGUCUGCCAUAGUGGAGACAGGCAGUGGCAUCCGAUGGACCCCAGGUAAGAAAUUAAACAGUAAGCAAAAUAAAUAAAACAAUUGUAGAAAUGCCCAAUGUCAUAUUUUAUCCCAUGUAUUUUCACCAGGAGGUUCCAUGAAAAGUGCUGUUUAUUGAUUUUGUUUGUUCAUACAAGGAAGUAAAAACAGACCACAUAAAUGCAAAACAAUCUAUUAAUUCACAGUAAAUAACAGGUCUGCAAACUUGAUAUAGAGGGGACCAUUAAAAAAUGGGGGCGGGGGCGGGGUGGAAACUAUAGGAAAACUAGAGAAAUUGCGUGUGUUCCACCAACACUUCCUAAGCAGCUGAAGUAUCUGAGGUCUAGAGUUCAUGUAAUGCUCCGGUAAUUCAUUUGCUUAGUACAAAUUAUGUUAUUCCCUAAACCUAGCUUUGAUAAAGGAAAUUGAAUAUUUUGGUCAAAAAUGUAUUUAUUAUUUAUUUACUACUUACCUAUUUUUGCCUAAAAUGUUAAAUUUCCUUGUCAAGUUGCUGUGUUAUUCGGUUUAGUGAAAAGGCUGCCUAAAACAGGACAGACCUGAUUUCAGACUAGAUCUUCGUUCCCAGUGAUGAUGUCACCUCCCUGGACUGAUCACUAUUUAAUUUUUGUAAGUUGUGAUCUCGAGGUGAUGGCUCUCGGUCAUAGAUCCUACUCUGUUACAUUCCUCCCAUACUAACAACUGGGUUAUAAGUGUUGAAAGCUGUUUGAUUUUUUUUUUUCAUUGAACAGGUCAGCAAGACAUGACAAAACCAUGAGAAAAGCUGUUGAACUACAUAGUUUAAGACGAUGGAUUACUGAGAGUAGUCUACUUAAAGCGACUGUCACCUUGCAGGUGACAUUCCCUUUGUGUGCGGUGACCGAUAGGGUGCAGAUGAGGAGAGUUAUAUUUACCUUAAACACUCUGUUGCAGACACUGCUAAAUUCUUCCUUCUGCUCCUGACGCGUCAUCCAUCAAGAUACAUGUUAUUGAUGUACUUUCACAGGUGACUAUAACAGAGGUCAGUGAAGGAACCUACAAGAUUGAAGAAUCCUCCAUAGACCAACCUGCGAGAUGCACAAGAAGGAGCCUGACUCCCACAGCCAUUGCUAGAGAUUGUCCACUGUGAAAGUUAUCAAAACUUGUCUGUGGGAACUGAAGCUCAAUCCUUUGUCAGGUUUUCUCCACUUUGUCACAUGAUAUCUUUUAACUGUGUUGAAACUUAAGUGGAAUCCCAGCACAGACAUUGUGUGUUUUGUAAAGAUCAUAUUUAGCAUGAAUUACUAAGACAUUUUGUGGUGACAGUGCCAGUUUAAUUUCAACUGAAAUAAGGUGGCACAUCAGGUAUAAACUUGCCUGUUGCAUUUUCAUGGAUGCCUUUAAAUCUCUCCUAUUCAUUGACUUGAUCUUUCUGUGAUAUUCUGGACAGUGCAAGAUCCUCUACACUGGUCAUUGUAGGUCAGGACAUUGUGGUUUCAGUGUCCUGUGUAGCUUGCUUGUUUGCCAUAUAUUCACAUAUUUCAUUAAAGGAGAAUAUAGCAUUAGGAAUACAAAGCUGUAUUCCUAACACUGUAGUGAAAGGGUUUAAAAAAAAAAAAAAAAAACCUUAUUCCAGUUAUGGUUCCACCUCCUCCAACAUCAUCGGUAGGAGGGAACCUAAUGUGCAUGCACAGCUAAUGCCGCACACGCUUUAGGACUUCCUCGUAGGACAGCAUUGAAUGAAUGCUUUCUGUAGUGCAGCUGCAAUCCUGAGAUGACUAUCUCCGCUGUCGCCCUCAGGAGCUGGAAGAGAAGCGCUGUUGAGUGAUUAUAGCCCAUUCCCCCAGUAACUGGAUGACGCACAGUUCUGGGAGGUUUAUUAUGCCACACUCUGCCUUUUAUGCACAGACCCCCAGCAUGGAGUCCCCAUAGUAAAAAGUACAAACUCCUCCCAGGCAUCUCUGUGUCUGUCACGGGUGGCGGUACGGAAACCGGGACCCCUGAGUGCCUGAUGAAAAGUUGGGAGUCUUCAGCGUGGAAGUGGAUUAUCAGGGUCUGGUGCAGGGUAACCACACGCCCUCUGGUGUUGAGCACCAGCGUUUGUGCGGCCACAUACCAACAGCUACUGCGGAUCUGAAGAGCUAGGAGCUAGAUGAUAUGCAGACCUCCCAGGAACUAGAUAGGGAGGCUCUGCAGCAGGAAUGUAUCCAGUACAGAAACAAGGCAAGGCAAGGCUAGGAUAGUCACCAAACAUGAAAACAAGACAGAACUAGUAGAACCCAGAACCAGAGAAGGAUAGGAAGCUAAACCCAGAACAUGUACACAAGACAUAAGGGAGACAUGAACAUAACAUGGCAGGACAGGACUGUACAUGGACUUGGAAUACAAACUAAAACAAGACAAGAUAUGUUAGGCAGGAGAAGGGGGGCCGGGCCGCCAAGCAGCAUGGCAGCAUAGUAACAAGGCUUUCGGGAGUCCCGAAAAAUGGCAUAUGACUCACACACAAUCUGCCCCAAAACUGGAAAGCACACGGUAGUGAUACGGGGCACCACCCAAGCUACCUUACCAUACCAAACCGCAGCCACAAUUUGCAUCAGGAGCACCGAAACAGACGAACCCGGCCUACACACCAGCCUAAGCCUAAACAUGGGCAACCACAGACCAGGAACUGCCACUUAAGUGCUGGACCGGAGGAGCAGACAUACAGGUCGCGUGGACCUUGACAGGGAUCUACGCGGGCAAUACCUCAAAAAGAUAUCAAAAUUAUACAGGAACACCACUCACCUUUUAUAUCUCUGAAUAGCCCGGAUCUGAGCACCCAAGUUGUCCAAAUAGCACUCCGAUCCAUUCGGUAGAACGGAAUCGCCAUUCGGGUAAAGUUUUUCUUUCAGGGGUUCCUGUGUGAACAACGAUGAAUGCUCCCCCUGGCUCUUAUGGAGUGAAUGCACCCCCCCAGUCGGUAGUUCCUAUCUCCCAAAUGUCUGUGGUCGGGAAGUUGGACGGACAGCGAUACAAUCUUUGCUGGCAUUUGCGAGAUCAUGUAGCCGAAAUGGGUUCCAUGUGCUCGAAGACCAAAUACCUCUGCCUAUGUUCGGGAGACAAAAUGGAACGAAUGGUGGCCACCAAGGGGAAAGCAGUCAAGUUAAUCACUUAAUUGUGGUUAACAGCCAGGGGUGGUUAGUGUUAGCUAAUAAAAGGGGGACCACACAUGUUCCGUCCACAAACAGAGGGAUACACAUGAGUUUGGGAAACUUGGAGAUAGGUUCAAGCAAAUAAAGGGAAUUUACACGGUCCGACACAUUUUAUUAUGGGAAAUUAAGAAAAGCUUUUAAUCAUCCACUCCAUAAAACACCAGGAAGCACCUUUUAGUUCAGUAGCCUCCCAUACAUAAAAAUCUUCUUUCUUUAUGAAUGGGGAGGGACGGAUUGGCUUAGAGCGUCAUCUGACUGCUUUAGCAAAUAAGCGGCACACCAGCCUAGCAAGAACUCCUUGCUUCCUGCAACUCUGAUUCAGAAGCCAGGUUCGGCCUGGAGAUCGGCACUGGAGGCAACAUUUUAAAGGUUAAACCAUUCAAGAAUGACUUAACCCCUUAAGGUAAGUGUGUCCAGGGGCCUCCUGGCACCAUUACAACUUCAUUUAGAUAAAAUUAUGUGAUCCUUUUAAGAUUUUUUUAUUUUUUUAUUUUUUAAGCAAUACAAACAAAUCCAGAAAAAUAACAGUCAAAAGACUAGGAAUAUUUUCCACAUCAGAAAAAGGUUUCACAGAAAAUCGGGUCCCAAAAUGUGAGUGGAACUUUUGAACCCUGUAUAAAUCAUACAUGCAUGCAUAAACCUAUCUAAAAGUGACUCUGUCAAGCACGCAUUUUGCAUGUUUUUAAAUCUCGUUAGCAUAACAUUUUAAAACAUUUCUUCAAUAUGUCCUUGGAAGCUGCUUAUUCAAUUAGCCUACUGACGAAGGUCCAUUUUUUUUUUUUUUUUUAAAUUAAUGUUUAUUUUUAGAGCAAUUUCAUGUUGACAGUGUGGCCAUUAUUAUUAUUAUUAUUAUUAUUAACAAAAAUAUGUAUUAUUAUUGGCAUUUAUAUAGCGCCAACACAUUCCGUAGUGCUUUACAAUAUUAUUAGAGGGGGGGAUUUAACUAUAAAUAGGACAAUUACAAGAAAACUUACAGAAACGAUGGGUUGAAGAGGGCCCUGCUCAAACGAGCUUACAGUCUAUAGGAGGUGGGGUAUAAAACACAUUAGGACAGGAAAUUGCAGUCAAAUUACGUGGGAGUGAAGCAGAGCUGGAGGAGAGAGUAGAGUGCUGCUCUUUAGGAGAGAGCAAGAGAGAGGUAUGUGAGGUAGAGGUUAGUCUGGGAGGCCAUAGGCUUUCCUAAAGAAAUGGGUUUUAAGGCACUUCUUAAAAGAUGCAAGACUAGGGGAGAGUUUGAUGGCGGUAGACAGGCUAUUCCAUAGGAAGGGAGCCACCCGCAAGAAGUCCUGCAAGCGCAAGUUGGCUGUAUGGGUGCGAGCAGCAGACAGAAGAAGGUCACGAGCAGAGCAGAGAGACCGAGAAGGGGCAUACCUAUGGAUCUGUGAGGAGAUACAAGAGGGGCUAAGACUAUUCAGUGCUUUGUAGGUAUGGGUUAGCACUUUGAAUUGACUCCUAUAGUAUAAAGGAAGCCAAUGUAAGGACAGACAGAGGGGUGAGGUGUGAGAGGACCGACUAGAGAGGAAAAUCAGUCUGGCGGCAGCAUUCAUUACAGACUGUAGUGGGGCAAUACUGCUAUUGGGAAGACCAAUUAGGAGAGAGUUACAAUAGUCCAUGCGAGAGACUACUAGAGCAUGGACCAGCUCUUUAGUAGCAUCUUGUGUAAGAAAGGGGCGGAUGCGGGAGAUGUUUUUUUUAGGUGGAAUUGGCAUGAAUACAUGCUAGUCAUUAACCCCUUAACGACGGCUGGUAUGCUAUGCCGUCCUUGGGGACCCGGCUCUAAAUGGCAGCGGCAUAGCACUUCCCCGCCGUCCUAUGUACUUACCCGCAAGCCGGCGAUUAUGGUGGGGGGGACUUAUCUGGCAUCUCAGGGAGUCCCCCUGCUGCCGUUCCGGUCUUCCUGGGCCAUGUGAUCGCGAGGACCUCACGAUCACAUUGACGGAAUAGCCGUCCAUAGCAGUGCCAGCAGAGGGAGUGCCUGGAAUGACAGGUAGUCCCCGUGCUGCCUGUAAAAAGUAAAAUAAGUUAAAAACUGUUUAAAAUGAAAUAAUAUAUAUUUAGAUCACUAUAUACCUAUAUAUAAUUAAAAGUAAUUUUAAAAAAUUAAAUAUAUUUGUAAUAAAAUUCUACGUAUAUAUUUAUGUAAUAUUUUUACAUAAUUAGGUCAUUUUUAUUAAUUACAAUUUGCGGGACCUGUCUGACAACCCAGGCAGAAAGUCCAGGGAAUUUAAUUUGCUGGCACUAUAUUUAACCCUGUAACUUUCCAAGACACCAUAAAACCUGUACAUGGGGGGUACUGUUUUACUCAGAAGACUUCGCUGAACACAGAUAUUAGUGUUUCAAAACAGUAAAAUGUAUUACAACGAUGAUAUUGUCAGUGAAAGUGAAAUUUUUUGCAUUUUUCACACACAAGUGGCCCUUACACUGACUAUAUAAUUGUUGUGAUACGUUUUACUGUUUUGAAACACUAAUAUUUGUGUUCAGCGAAGUCUCAGAGUACAACAGUACCCCUAAUGUACAGGUUUUAUGGUGUUUUCAAAAGCUAGAGAGUCAAAUAUAAGGCUUGCGUUUCAGUUUUUUUACAUUGAAAUUCGCUACUAAAAAAGACUGGACAUACCCCAUUUGCAAUACCUUGGGUUGUUUACUAUUGCAAAUGGUAUGCCAUCAUUGGGGUAAUUCUCAUUCCUGGGCUACCUUACGGUCUCAAAGGCAACAUAACCAAUCUUUUUCAAUGUGGAAAAAACAGAAAAAUGUAACAUGAUAUAUUUGACCCUGUAACUUCCCAAAACACCAUAAAAUCUGUACAUAGGGGGUACUGUUAUACUCGGGAGACAUUGCUGAAUACAAUUAUGUUUUUUUUGUUUGUUUUUGCAGUAAAAGCAAACCGUAUUAUGACAUUCACAGUUAAAAUGUCAUGUAGAACUAAAAAAAUAACAAUUUCUUAUUUUCUCCCAUUUUCUUCAUAUUAAAUUGUUCCAUAGCUAAAUAUUUGAUGUUAAAUGAAAGCCCUGUUUCCCCACAAAAAAUGAUCUAUAAUAAGUGUGGGUGCACUUAAUAUGAAAGAGGUGAAUUACAGUUGAACAUAACUUCAAAUUCCAGGUUUUGUUUUGAUCACAACGUGUACAUUUGGCUUAGUCUUUAACCCCUUGACGACCGAUUACGGUUUAGGACCGUCAUCGGAAAAAUCCCCUUGGGGAUCGAGUGAUCACAUGGCCGCGGGGUCCUGAUAUGCCAAGGGGAGACUGCCCAGAGAAUCACGCAAGCGCCUCUUGCGGCUGUCAAUGAGACAGCUGCUAGAGGAUUUGGGGGAAGGCUUAACCCAUUCAUAAACAUUAACACUGCUAUGUUUAUAAAAGAAUGGGUAAAGCCUAGCUGGACCUGGCACUCAGACCACUUCAUUAAGCUGAAGUGGUCUGGGUGCCUAGAGUGGUCCUUUAAUGUAAAAAUACACUUAUAUUUAAAUUACACACGUGUGUGUGUGUGUGUGUGUGUGUGUGUGUGUGUGUGUGUGUAUGUGUGUAUGUAUAUAUACACAAACACAAUAUAUAUGAAUAUAUAUUGCGUGUGUGUGUGUGUGUAUAUGUAUAUGUAUGUAUGUGUAUAUUAUCAUAAAAUACAAAUAUGUUAAAAAAAUUAAAAAUAAUUUUUAAUAAUUAAAAAUAAAUGUCAUUUUAUUCUAACAGUAUUAUAUUAAUAUAUUUAUAUCAAAAUACACUUAUAAUGUAAUGAUCUAUAUAUCUAUGUAUAAAUAAAAAUAUGAAAUAUACAUAAUUACAUAAUUUCAUAAAUAUACACGUAGACGUCAAAUAUAUAAAUAUGUAUAUAUAUUAAAAUUAUACUUGCAUAUUUAUGUGAUAUUUUUACCUAAUUAAGUAAUUUUAAUGAUUGCAAUUUGAGGGACUUGCCUGCCAACCCAAGCCAAAGGUCCAGAGAAUUUAAUUUGCUAGCACUGUGUUUAACCCUGUAACUUUCUAUGACACCUUAAAACCUGUACAUGGGGGUACUGUUUUACUUGGGAGACUUUGCUGAACACAAAUAUUAGUGUUUCAAAACAGUAAAACCUAUCACAGCUAUGAUAUUGUCAGUGAAAGUGAAGUUUUUUGCAUUUUUCACACACAAACUGCACUUUUACUGAUGAUAUUAUUGCUGUGAUACAUUUUACUGUUCUAAUACACUAAUAUUUGUGUUCAGCGAAGUCCCCUGAGUAUAACAGUACCCCACAUGUAGAGGUCUUAUAGUGUUUGUGAAAGUUACAGGGUCAACUAUAAGGCUUGAGUUUACUUUUUUUUUUUUUUUAUUGAAAUUUGUCAGAUUGGUUAGGUUGCCUUUGAGAGCGUAUGGUAGCCCAGGAAUGAUAAUUACCCCCAUGAUGGCAUACCAUUUGCAAAAGAAGACAACCCAAGGUAUUGCAAAUGGGGUAUGUUCAGCCUUUUUUAGUAGCCACUUAGUCACAAACACUGGCCAAAGUUAGCGGUUUUUUCAUUUUUAACACACAAACAAAUAGAAAUGCUAAUUUUGGCCAGUGUUUGUCACUAGGUGGCUACUAAAAAUGACUUGACAUACCCCAUAUUAAAUACCCUGGGUUGUCUACUUUAAAAAAAAAAAUAAAAAUGUACAUGUGAGGUGUUAUUCAGGGAUUUAUGACAGAUAACGGUGUUACAAUGUCACUGUUGAUAAAUGUAAAAAAUACACACACACACACACCCACCACACCACACCACACCACACCACACCACACCACACACCACCCACCACGCAAUUUCCGACUUGUAUGUAUAGGCCUAUAACUUGCACACAAAAAAAGCAAUAAAGCAUUUAAACUCAGGACAAAAUUUUUGAAUCUAUUUAGCAGUUUUUUUUCAUUAGCUUUUGUAGAUAAGUAAAAGUCCAAAAACAUAUGUGAAACUAACAAUGUUUGUACUUACCUUUCUGUUAUACGCAAUACGUAUUUGCUUCUAAAAAAGUACCUUGUAACUCACAGACUUGCCAAAAAUAAAGAAUAAAAAAAAAAGUCCAACAACAUUUUUUUUGUUUUUCACCAUAUUUUAUUAUUAUUUUUAAAAUAAAAUAUAUGACAUGAUACAAAUAAUGGUAUGUAAAGAAAGCCCUUCUUGUCCUGAAAAAAACAAUAUAUAACUUGGAUGGGAACCAUAAAUGUGAGAGAGGAAAAUUACAGCUAAACACAAACACCACAAAAGUGUCAAAACUGCUCUGGUCCUUAACGUACAACAUCGCAAAAACAGGCCGGUGCUUAAGGGGGUUAAACAAACUGAAUUGAGUAAAUAUGCUAUCUCAGUAUAUGAGCAUGUUUGAUAAUACAGCAAUAGGUUCUACUUUUUUCUUUUUUUUUCUUUUUUCUCUCCCAGUUGCUUAAUUUGGUUUAUUCUUAUACUUCGUUCUUUAAUCAUAUGUUGCGCCAUGCGUGCAUAUUUCAUCCCCACGCCCUUUUAUUUAUAUAUAUAUAUAUAUAUAUAUAUAUAUAUAUAUAUAUAUAUAUACACACACACAAAAAUAGAAAGGCAUUAAGUCCCCCCCCAAAAAAAUAUUUUUCAUACUUGAAGCUGUUGUAUAUCCCAUCUAACAAUAAGUAUAGGGCCUAUAUUUCAAUAAAAUACAGAUUGAGGAAAUAAAAUGCCAUGAGCCCAGCUUCAUUAGCAAACAAAAAAUGUAUAAACCUGUAGCCACUUUUGAGCGGAUUGUUAUGUCAGCACAUGUCAGUGUUGGGGAAACUAUCCAAAGAGCAACAUGGAUGUGCAUUAUGAAGUCAUAACAUGUUGAUGUCAAUAUAUUUUUUUCCAUUUUAUAUUUUCCACAUUUGUCUAUUGUAAAUGAAAAAUAGUCAGCAGCAAAAGAGCUAUGAAAUAAAUAUUGCUUGUCUGCGAUAUUUUCUCAUUUCUGGUGGUGAAAUUUCCAGACUUCUAUAAAUAAUACAUUAUCAUUCUAGUGAACUCCUGACCAUAGAGGAAGUUCCAGGGAGGAAGAAGAUCCUACCAGUUAACUUCACAUAAUUGUGACAUAUUUGUAUAAGUUUCCAUUCAGAAUAUAGCCUUGUACUGUAAGUUUUUAUUUUUUGGGGGUACAUUUGUUUGUUAUAUUUGUUAUUGUUUGUAUACGUUCUUCAGAGUAAACCAGUACAGUACGCAGAUCAUGUAUGUGUGUGGACUUACUGCUGCCUCUGUGACUGUUCUGGAGAUGUGCUGUAGAUGUGGGCCUAUAUUUGAAUUUCAACGUGUCGACUCUUUAUUUAUCUAUUAACUUCCUAUUUUUUUUUCAUCUCCCACAAGCAGGGAGGGAGUUAAACACCACUUUCUUUAAAGAUUUGUUAAAAGCAGUGAUAUAUCUGUAUAUUUUUGCUGUGGUAGAUUGUGCUUUCCACGAGUCCAUCUGGAGAUCUGUACUGUAAACAAGCUGUGAGUCAGGCCUUCUAAAUAUACCAAAGGCACAGCCAGCCUCCAAAAGCCAUUCCAGCCACUGCUGCCAUCCUAUUGGCUGCUGAGAAGAUGGUUGCCAUGUGCAUCUAGUGUGUUUUUUUUUAUAAUUAUUUUUUUCUUUUUAAUUAUCCUCUGCUGCCAGAGAGCUGCUGGUGCCAAGACUCUGGCACAUCCCGUUAGAGGGAUAAAUAAAGUUUGGUGAGGGAGGUUAAUGACUGUAGUUGUGAGCAUACUUGGAAGGGAGGAAGUGUAGAUUUACCUUUUAACAUUUACAAAUAUGUGCUUAGGGGUUAAUUUAGCACAUAUUGUGUCAGUAUUAUGUGGCUCGACAUUUAGGACCAUGUUGCUGGACCCCUAGAAUUAUGCUUGUAUAUGUUUUCUGUUCCUUAAUGGUUGGUUGUUUUUUGCUUUAGCUUUGUGAGAGAAACAUAGUUAUUUGGAUAGAAAUGAAAAUCACUGUCUUAAAUGAGCCAUUCUCUCCUCUUUAGUUCUCUGUUCUUCUCACGGUACAAUCCUCAACAUUCAGAUAUAUCUCCACCCCUGUAUAGAAUUGCUGUGAAUGCACCCUUCUUUUACUUUUGCCCUUUUUUUUGUGUGUGUUUGUUGCUAAAUUGGGUUUUUCCUGAUCUGGUUAUACCUUUUAUAGGACACAACUUUUUAUAAGUGAAAGAAAUAUAAUACAGUCUAUUUUCAACGCAAAUGUGACCAUUUGGUGUGUUAAUGCAGGUGAAUUUAGGGGUUGCAGAUUUAAGGAGAAAAGCCUAUAUUUAGGUGACAACCGGAAUUGAUUUAUAGGAGCCUACUGUUCUAAAUUAUGUCCCUAUUGUACUAUGUUGCCCCUGUCUAAGAUCUAAGUGGCCUAAUGUGUGAACAUAGUGAUGUUAUUAGAUUUGGUUUAUGACAUCACUGUUGUUGUACGUCAUAUGCAAGCUUAUUUGAGCAGGUUUUUUCUCUGAUAUAUUUAUAUCAUUCUGCAGUGCUGCAUGCUACAAUGGCACAUAUAUAUUAUAUAUUCUAUUGUAUUGAAAACUACUAAUAAAUAUAUAAAGUUGCACUUCAACAUGGGAUUUAGUAUAAAUGGUGAAUCCGCUUUAAUCGCCUGGGUUAGAACGACGUUGAAGGAUCCAUUCAUUAGGAGCCAAAAAACUAAACAGGAAAUUACUUUCAAAUAGAGUUCAGUUCAUUCACCAAGUUCACUGUCAUACUGAACUUGGCACAAAUAAAUAGAAUGUGUAAUUGAAGGAUAACUAUCUGUGGAUAAAUUGCUUGAUUGAGUAGCUGUUCAAAUUGAUUCUCCGUAUGAUUACUAUGUGUCCUUAUUUUUAGGACCAGCACAUUUCACAGAGCUGUACAAACCUACAAGCUUCUAGUCUAGUGAAGUUAUCUUCCUCUAACACAAGUUGAAUUUGUCAGUUUGAUCAUAAAGAUGCAGAAUUUAGUGGAUCAAUAUAAAUUCAUCUAAUUUGACUAAUUCACUGUAAUUUGGCUGCUAUUCAGGUUGAGAGGAAAUAUUCUAACUGGUUGACUUACGGAUUAACAAACUUGAUGGGCGAGGAAACCAUAGCUCCUAAAAAUCUUACUGCUUGCUUUUAAAAUUUAUAGGUAGUUUAAAUGGACUUCUCACAAGACUGCUAAAAUGAACAUUACCCAGUUGCUUGCCACUGAUUGCUGUUUGACGUGUACUGACGACUCUCAUUCACUCACACAAGUAGAUUUUAAAAAUCAUUUUGAAAUGAAUGAUAUGCUGCCAAUGCUUACUUCUGUAUGAUUCAAGCUGUGUGCAGGGCUAUGGGAAAUGUAGGUUACCUCAAAAUAUACUCUUCCCAGUACUUCAUAAAGAGGCUAGAAUUUGCUAGAUUUAGUGCUUGGUAAAGAGGCUAGAUCUGUUUUUAAAAUCUUUUUUAUUGCAUCAACCAUGCUUAUUUAAUGCAUAUAAAUUAGAAGAUUUUAGCAUGGCAGUCUUUCAGAACUAUAUGUUGAAUUUUUACCCAGUUUUGGUUAUUCCUAUAAUGCCAUAUCAUUGUGAUAACCUGGACAUAUUCCCAUUCUAGCAUUUUGUAACAGAAAUUUAAGAAUAAGCUUUGUUCAAAUACCGAUAAACUUUAACAGUAAAAUGAACACUCCAAGCAUUAUAACCGCUAGAGCGUGCCGAAGUGAUUACAGUACUAGGAGUGCCCUGGCACAACCCCCAUUAUAAGAAGUCACACUGUUUUUAGAAUGGUUUGAAUUCUUACCUUUUGGUGUUCCUGGUAUCUCUCAGCUCAAAGCUAGACCUGGUACAGGGCUUAGCUCAUAGGAUGAGAGUGAACAUAUGAUGCUCUCAGCCAAUGAGCUCAUCCUGCAGGACUUAGGAGAGAUAAUGUAAGCUUCUGAACUAAGUGUCGGUGGGCCUAUGGUAAACCAUGCUGCAGUGGUUAUGGUGUUGGGAGUGUUCCUUUAUAUUAUGAAGUUAAACUGAUCUUGAAGUAUCCCUAGCCGAUCAGAGGUUUGGCAGUCGUUGCAUUACACUAAACUGUAAAGUAAAGUCCACAUUUGUAUUGUUCUAAGAAUGGAAAGCAGUAGUACAUCCCUGGUUAGACUGUUCAGUGAACAGUAAUGUUCUCUAUAGCUGGUUCCUGUCAGACAGCUUGUGUUCCUUGUAAGGAAUGGAGAAAAGUGUCUGUGGUUUAGACAUGUGCGAUAAGUAACUAUUCAUUAGUGGUCAGACCUCAGUCUGUGUCCGGCACCCUUACCAAUUCCUGCCUUCCUGCCUGGUUUAUCUGUUUGCUUGUGUUUCUCUUUAUUUAUACACAAGCCAAAUCUUUUAGAACACGAAGCAUUUCUGUUCAGCAUUUCCAUUUUUAAUAUGUUCUAGAAUCUGCAUUUUCUGAUCGAUCACUGGCUGAAUGUUUCAGAGCUCUGUAGUGUGGGGAAGUUUUGAGAAUGGGUAUUUUGGGAGCUCUGCAAUUUGUAAAUUGGGGAAGUCUUGGGACUGGAAUUAUGAUCAUCUGUAAAAUAAAUAUAUAUAUAAUUUGCUUGUAUCAUGUACUUUGUACCCAGCUCUAUGCUUAGAUUGGUUUGUUUCUGCAUUAUUAUUUUUUUUGCAAUUUUCUUUGAUUUUUAAAAUGAAAAGAAAUGUACAAUAAGUUUAAACGUAUGAUUACUAUUAAAAUUUUCCUGUGAAGGCUGUUUAGAUACUUACCUUAGAAUUUAUAGCAUUUUGCUGCAAAUCCCAAAGGUUUUUGGAGACCAGUGGCAGUGUGUCCUUGGCCAAUUGUGUUCCUCUUGUUGUUUUCAAUGGGAAUGCUGCAUAUAUCCCAUAGUAAUUUGCAUAAUUAUUACAAAAGUUAUUUCCAUAAAUGAAUGUACUUUACAAGCCUUUUUUUUUUUUUUUUCUCGGGGGUUGGGAUAUUCUUCCAAUGUUUAUCAAUAGGAUGAUGAGCAAGAGAAACAGAGCCCCCCUUCCAAGUGGUGUAAUUGAUUAUAGCACUUUGAGUGUCCCCUUAAAUGCAUGUUUAAAGCACAAUUCCCAUGCUUGUUGACUAAAAAAACUGAGAGCCUUAAUGAUGAAACUCAACUGUUAUUAAUAGGUGAAUAUUUUCCACUCUUGGUUGUUAUACAGUCACAACCCUUUGUAUAUUUUCGUCUCGUGUGUAAUUACGUAAUGCGUGAUUUGCUUUUACUUUCUGUUUUGUAUCAUAGACUUGCUGAAUAAAACAAUGUCCUCACAACCCAUUAGUGGAUAUAUCAACAUUCCAUUGAUCUUUUUUUAAACAUGUAUUUGUAUAUAUGCAUGUUUUCUUUGGGUGUAUAUAUAGAGGGGGGAGGCAGCUUGCAAAAGGUCUGCAGCCUUUGCAAACUCUCCGCUCUAUCCCUGGCAUAAACUUUUAUUCUGUCCCAGGGGAUUACACCAAUCUAUGUGCUGGAGCCCUGAGUACACAUACUAACGCUGCUCCAUCGGGGGGAGGCAGGUUAUUGCUAGCCCAGCACCUGCCACUUCUGUUAGCCCUGUUUAGGUAACAGAAGUGGAAGAAUAUCUCGGUGUCUGUGUGAUAGCUGGCCGGGUUGUUUUUGUGAAGCUUUACUAAAGUGCCGAUUUUUUUUUUUUUUUUAUUGAACGCUGCACUUUUUCAAAACUGAAGUGCUGUAUGUGUCUGGAGCGUUUCUUUAAAAUUUUACUUAAAGGGGCACUGUAGGCACCCAGACCACUUCAGCUCAUUGAAGUGGUCUGGGUGCAGACUGCCCGUGGAAGAACCAGCCACCUAUUUGUAUUAAAGACUAAGUUGGUUCGACACUUUGGGGUUCCUGAACAGAUUAAAGCUAUAUUGUUCGUAUGUCAAACCAUCUACUGAACAGUGGGACCACCCAGGGGAGUCGUGUGCCUCUAAUUGACGGUAUUCACACGAAGUGGUCGGAUGGGUGGCCGUCAUUUGUAUAACCGAACAUGUGACGGUGGCCAUCUUUGUUCACGAACACAGACAACGGUGUUUGGUCAUCGAGUGCAUGGAACUAUAAUCAGACACUCGACGGCACAAACUCCGCUGAACUACCAUCCCUUUGUGUGUUCGUUUCAAUUCACCUAUAAAGAUCGGCAUUCGUAUGGACUAAACUACCGAACACAGGGCACAUGAGCCCCUGUUACCCGGACAGUUCCCUUUGUUAUUUUGAUGGUGGAUACUCUCUAAAGAAGACGGUCAAAGCAUAAAACCAUCUGGAACUAUUUUGGGGUUUCACCUCGUGCUUGACCCGUCUAAACUUCACUCAAAUGGCGUUCCUAAUCUACCGAACGGAUCUGAGUGACAUUUCGACAGAGUGAAUGCUCAGAUUCAUACUAUUCGGUGAAGUAUCUUUCGUGGAGUUCUGAACAAUAUUAAUGUGUUAUGAGGGUUUGGAAUAUUGUAUAUUUUUUGUACCUGGGAAAUAAUUUAAUUAAAGCAUUGUUCUUACUCCAUUAUCUCCCAGGUACAGAUGAGUAGUCUGGGAAAUGUUGCUUUUCUCUCUGUCCCCAACAAGGGUCACCAGGGUAAAACCCCUGGAAUGUAAUUAAAGAACCCCCUUGCAUGGGGAGUUGCAUAAAAACCAGCUGUGGCUGAAUAAAAAUCAGUUGACUCCCAAACCUGUGUAUCGUCCGGUUAUUGGGGAAUUGGGAUUGUUUCGCUGCACUGCGCUUCUCUUUGAUGUUCUACAGUCUACCAGCGGAGAUAUUGAUUUUUAAUAUUACAGCUCCGCUACACUCCCAUCAGCCUUAAUGCUUUUAUAAACUGCAGUAAUUACCUGCUAGGGUUAAGUCCUCCUCUAGUUAACCGCUAGUGGGAUUUCUGGGUUCUUAGACGUCUUUUGGUUGCCUAAACAACGCUGGAAGUAUUCACGCUAUGCAUGAGGACUUCCAGUGUUGCCGGAACCCCCAUUGGAAAGCACUGAAUAAUACUUUCCUAUGGGGAGAUCCUAGUGUGACAUCCGCCGGUGGGGGAGGAGCUGAGCCAGUGCCAAGGGACAUCGGCACUAGACCCAGGUAAGUGACAGAAGGGGUUAUUAACCCCUUCUCCACCAUGAAGGGGGCCUUGAGAAAGAGGGAAGCUAUAGUGCCAGGAAAAUGAGUUUGUUUUCCUGGCACUAUAGUUUCCAUUUAAGAUUCAGGUCCUAAUUUCUCAAAAAAAAAAAAAAAAAAAAAAUUUAAACUUGACUGUAAAACAGCAGCCAGUCUACUGAAGACGUCCAUUCUGUUGAAUUUUGUUCAAUCUCUGGGAAGCAUUAGGAUACAUAGAGUACAUGCAUGUCUGUCACUGUGAUGCAUCAAUAGAUGCUACUCAUAGAGAAUAUUAAAUCCAAUUGGAUGCAUGGUGUCGUCACACUGUGUGUGAUCGCACUAAAUGUGAAGACCUUUGAAAGUCGAAAAGGAAGGGUCUGUAGUGGCUCUCAAACAAGUGUGCUCUUGGACAGGACAAAUAUAAACUCUGCCGCUUUCUGGAAACAAUGUUUUAACAUGCACCUUUUAAGAUGUAGUGGUUUUGGUUCUUAAAUAGUCUCUCUAUGCUAGUCGUUUGCCAUGCUUAAUAAAACUGUGUGAUUCUCUUUGCAUGUUGUUAUGAUUUUUUUUUUUACUGUUUUAUAUCCUCUAUCUUACAUUUAUUCAUUAAUUUAUAUGGUUCGGCUCUACUACUUUGAAUAAUAGUUAUCUUCAACAAGUAUUGAGAGGAUAGUGUGAGUUGUAAUGAAAUAGCUGAAUAGCCCCAGCUGUUAUACACGGUCUAUACUCUGUGAUCUAUGCUGAAUGACUGACUGGCAAGGAAGGGGUCAAAGUUGUAAACUACAGGUUUUUGGCAGAGACUUUGUAGAGAAUGGAGACACCGUUGUUUGAAAUCCCCGUAAGUGACGUGGUUUGUGUCCUACUGAGCUGUGACAAUAAACAGGAAGGAGUCCAGGCCACAGCCAAUCAUUACCUGCCCAUAAUUACAGGACUUUGUGGGAAAUGCGGAAGGAGGGGGAGAGAAACCAAAAAUAAAGUAAUCGGAAGUGUCCGGCCUGGCAUCUACCAGCUCCAUUGGCAGCCUCCCCCUCACCGUAUAUACAUGGACAGUAUGGUAUGUCCUCACUGAGCACAAAGAAGGAUGGCUUCAACAUCUUUUUUUACAAUAUAACUACUUGAUAAUUGGCACCAAAGUAUUUUAACCAUGAAGUUUCCAAUUAUGUCCUCAGGUAUAGAUAUUACACUCCGAGAAUACUGCCAAAUAAAACAUGUUUUAAAUUUAAACGGGUACUAUGGUUUGUGCAUAACCAAGAGAGCUGUUUUGCCAGCUAUUUAUAUAUGUGUAAUAUUUACUAAACAGAAACCACAGAAACCACAGUGAUCACCUGCACGUUGCCGGUUGUCUUCUUAAACCACACUGUCACAUCAUCCAGGGCUGUGGAGUCGGUACAUAAAUCCUCAGAUUCCUCAAUUUGUGGUGUCUCCAACUGCUUAGGUUCUAUAUGAUUUUAUUACAGUUACUAUAUGACCAUUUACUGUAUAUGCCAGCGUAUAAGUCGUCUUUGUAAGCAUCAGAACAAUCUCCCACAGCCAUGGCACCAUAAUUCUAUAUCUUUUAAUAAACAUGUAGACAAAGCACAGCUAGAACUGUGAAAUGUAUGUGGAAAAUAAGGGCCCUAAAGCAGCCCUGUCACCAAGAGAAAAUAAAUAAAUAAAAAUGAACAUUUCAUAAAAAUAAACAUUUAUUGAAAUUCCAAUGUAGCCAACAUAUAAUUAUAAGAAAAAGUAAGGACUUCUUUGUCUUAUGGGAUAACCCUAUCUCGAGAAAACAACAAUGGUGGAGAUACCACCGUCAAAUUUAGUCACUUCAUACAGCUAGUGCUAGCAACAGCUCUGGGAAAUAAGACAUUGUCUUGCUCAAUGCAAAAUAUCUGUGGAGGUUAUCAUGAGAUCCUCUGUAAACAUUUAUUAGACCAUCAGCAAGAACUGUUUACUACUGUUGUAUUGCUCCAUGCAUUCCACUGACUGAAGAAAUUACACACUGCUACAAUGUAAAAUAGUAAGUGUACAGCCUGUAUAACUGUGUAAGUUUGCUGUCCCCUCAAAAUAACGCAAUACACAACCAUUAAUAUCUAAACCUUUGGCAACAAAAGUGAGUACACCCCUAAGUGGAAAGGUUUAAAUUGGUCCAAUUGGCCAUUUUCCCUCCCGGGUGUGAAUGGGGAGCAGGUGUGUUAAAUUUGGUGUUAUCGCUCUCAUACUGGUCACUGGAAGUUCAACAUGACACCUCAAAGCAGAGAAAUCAGUGAGGAUCUGAAAAAAAUUAUUGCUCUACAUAAAGAUGGCCUAGGCAACCUUCGGCACCCCAGAUGUUGUGGACUACAACUCCCUUGAUUCUUUGCCAGCAUUCUGGCUGUAAAAGCAUUAUGGGUGAUGUAGUCCAAAACAUCUGGAGUGCAGAAGGUUGCCUACUCCAGGCCUAGGCAAUAAGAAUACUACCAAGACCCUAAAACUGAGCUGCAGCACGGUGGGCGAUACCAUACUGCGGUUUCACAGGACAUGUCCCACUCAAAACAAGCCUCACCAUGAUCGACCAAAGAAGUUGAGUGCACGUACUCCGUGUCAUAUCGAGAGGUUGUCUUUGGGAAAUAGACGUAUGAGUGCUGCCAGCAUUGCUGCAGAGGUUGAAGGGGUGGGGGAUCAGCCUGUCAGUGCUCAGACCAUACGCUGUACACUGCAUCCAAUUGGUCUGCAUGGCUGUCGUCCCAGAAGGAAGCCUCUUCUAAAGCUGAUGCACAAGAAAGCCUGCAAACGGUUUGCUGAAGACACGCAAACUAAGGACAUGAAUUACUGGAACCAUGUCCUGUGGUCCGAUGAGACCAAGAUGGUGUCAAGCGUGUGUGGCGGCAACCAGGUGAGGAAUACAAAGACAAGUGUGUUUUGCCUGAUGGUGGGAGUGUCAUGGUCUGGGCCUGCUUGAGUGCUACCGGCACUGGGGAGCUAUAGUUCAUUGAGGGAACCCGGAAUGUGAACAUGUACUGUGACAUACUGAAGCAAAGCAUGAUCCCCUUCCUUUGGAGACUGGGCCGCAACAUGAUAAUGACCCCAAACACACCUCCAAGAUGACCACUGCCUUGCUGCUGAAGGUAAAGGUGAUGGACGGGCCAAUCAUGUCUCCAGACCUAAAACCUAUUUAACAUCUGUGGGGCAUCCUCAAGCGGAAGAUGGGGGAGCGCAAGGUCUCUAACAUUCACCAGCUCCAUGAUGUCGUCAUGUAGGAGUGGAAGAGGACUCCAGUGGCAACCCCUGAAGCUCUGGUGAAAUCCAUGCCCACGAGAGUUAAGGCAGUGCUAGAAAAUAAUGGUGGCCACACAAAAUAUUGACACUUUGGGCCCAAUUUGGAAAUAUGCCAACGGUUUAGACAUUAAUGGCUGUGUGUUGUUGUUUUGUUAUUUUGAGGGGACCGCAAAUUUACACUGUUAUACAGGCUUUACACUUACUACUUUACAUUGUAGCAGAGUGUCAUUUCUUCAUAAAAUAUUUACAAAAAUGUGAGGGGUGUACUCACAUUUGUCAGAUACUGUAUAUAUAUUUGUGUGUGUGUGCACUAUAUUUAUACUAUAAUAUUAUCCCCUAUAUUGGACAAUAAUGUAUUUGUGAGGUCUGAAAAUUUAAAAUUGAAUGUAGAAGUGUGUUUGUGUGUGUUCGUCCCUGUGAACAAAGGGACUGGGUAAAUUAAUGGCUGUCAGAAUGGCCUAUGCCACAGCAUCCCAAUAUGGCUUAUACCCUGGCAUGAUAUAUAAGAGUAUGUGGAUGGCUACUGCUGAGAAGAAAAGGACUUUCUCUUCAGGCUAGUUCCAUAAGGAAAUGCAUUUCAUUUGCACCUUGCUGGCAAGGUCCCUCACUUCUAAGUAAAGAAGGGGGAAAAACUAAGAAAUAAGGAUAAACUUACCUUUGGUACAGAACAGAGGCCAAGUUCUCCCUGCAAUCCUGUCUUCUGAAGGGGGAUCUUGGUUGGCACAGGACAGGGGGAGGUACCACCAUUGGUAAUGUGAUGCAAGCUGACAACAGACAUAUGAGAACACUGAAGUGGUCAUGGCGUUAGCUUUGAGUAACCCUUUAAGAGAAUUGAAAAAAUAUGAAACUUAAUCUACACAUGUUAGGUUAUGCUGUUUAUCAUUGCAUUUUUACAGCUGCAUCUUGCUCACUCAUACUUUGUGAGUGGUUUUAGUCAUGCUCAUGUGUACUUUGCCAAGUCUGGUGUCUGGGCAGAUGUGAUUAUAUAAGUGUGUGUGUGUGUGUGUGUGUGUGUGUAUAUAUAUAUAUAAUAUUAUUAUUAUUAUUAUUUUUAUUUUAUUUUUUCUCAUAAUGUAAAGACAAAUAAAAUUGUUAAUCCUUUCUAACUGCCAUAUUUCUGUAGGACAGAGUCACUGAAAAUGCAAAUUGUGUAAUUUCUGCCAGAAUAUAAGGUCUGUGAAUUGAUCAAGAUAAUUUUCUUUCCCCCACCUUACAGGAACAUUUUCAAACCUGAGCCAAAAAAGCAGAUUGUCCCAAAAGCGGUAAGUACUGAACAUUGACAUAUCAUUGUGAUAGUCCUGCUGUUAAAAGAAAAAAAAUCCGGAACAUUUAUCUAUAGCUCUUCAGAGUAUGGACCAGAGUGUGGUUAAAGUGAAUCUGUGGAUUAUACAAUUAUUCAAUGUGAAAUGAAUUAUACCAUUAUUCAACCAGGAAUUAUAUAUAUUUUAGUUAUGUUCAGAGUUUGCUUCCACAUCCCUUUUGGUGAGCAUAGGAAGAUUGGAUUCUGUGACCAAGCUGUGGCGGACCGCCUGAUACCCCAACUGGGUACCUCUGCCAAGCAUGUUACCUAGCUAUCGCCGGGACACCAUCAGCCCCUAGCCGCCGCAGAUUGGCCAGGGUCUCGCCGUCGCUUCCCGCCAUGAAACAGGAUCCUGGAUCCAGCUUCUAGUGAUUAAAGCUUUCCUGCAGAGAGUAUAGCUGGUACACCCAAACACUAGGCGAGACUGAGUGAAGGUUGUAAAGGAACUGGUUUAUUAUGGCCAAGUUGCCUGCUUUUAUACACAGCCACCAGUACAGGGUCUCCAUUCAAUGCAAGACAAGUCCCUCCCAUAAAUCUGUGCCUUGGAGAUAAUUGCACCGGUAAGCUAAUUAUCUCCCGGGAACAGAGAGGCAAACAUAAAAAAUAUAAAACAAAAAAAUACCCCAAAACAUCAUAAAAAUAUAUAACAACAAAAUAAAUACAUUCCCAAAUAGCCCUGAUCUGAGUGCCCAGGCUCUCCAAAUAGCGCUCAGAUCUAAGUCGUUCAAAAUCCCGGACCAAGUAGUGCAGGAGCCGCAGUGUCACCUCAUGCCGAAAACAGUUCAAUAACAUUCGCUGCUAAGUCCCGCUGAGGCGACCGGGAACCCACGUAGUCCUCAUGCCGAAUUUAGUUCCAUGACAAUAACGACUAAGUACCGCUGAGGACAAUUCGUGGGUUUCUUCAUGCGAACGGCCACCAGGGAGCUAGCGUUCAGUUCCAUUUGAAUGAAGAGAAAAUGCCAAACCAGGGGCACCCAGGGAAAGCUGCUAAUGGUGGCUGGGAAGGUUUAACUCCCAAACAGGGUCUUUGAAUACGGCCCAUAAUCCUUGGGCAGGAGACUAGCUAGCAGGCUCCUCUAGGAGCUUGUGGCAUAGGCAUGUUUGCCACACAAGCAUUGUAGGAUGUGCAUAUAUCUCGCUAAGUUAUAUAUAGUUUAUUUCUCUUUGUCAAUUACAUUUUAUCUAUUCACAACCCAGCAAUAUGAUUACACUCUACACUCUGUACAUUUUACUGACUGAGUUUCAAGAUACAAUUUAAUCUAUGACAAAUGCACUUUAUGUUGACCUUCACAAUGAUUUUAUACUCUAUAGUGUACUACAGAUCUGCACUUGUCUAGAAAACCUGCUUCUUAAACUUUAAUUUCUGAAGAUUUUUGAUAUUCUGUUUACUUAUCCCAUAUAUUUGACAAUAAUGUAUUUGUGAUGUCUGAAAAUUAAAAUUGAAUGUAGAAAUACACACAUCUAUUCUGGAAUUCAGGACCUCCUGAACCAUCAUUAUAAAUCUUACCAGUUUCUUCCUAUGAACACAUUUAGUAAAUAAGGAGAAACAGACCAAAUUUAGACAAUCUAAAAGGCAUGCCAAAACCAGAUAUCCUUUUACAGCAGAUGCAGGUUAGCAAAGCUCCAGCUAUAUGGAGCCUGCAUAUUAUGUCAGUGAGAUUCUCACUUGUAGUUUCCAUAAGUAGCCUUAAACAAAUGAGAGAAACAACAUAUUUAGUUAUAUGCAUAUGUUUGCUGUCUCUUUUAAUUGCAAGAAAUUAUGCUAGUUCUAAAUAAUAUGGAGUUUACACAGAUUAUUCAAAACAUGAGACAUGGAUGCUAAUUGGGGAUGUUUUAUUAAAUGUAUAGCUGGGUUGAAAAAAAUCUUUAAUAUGCUGGAUUAUUGAUAAUAAUGUUAAUGCGAUAAAUCUGUUUUAUUUUUCCUUUCCACAGGUGGAGCGGGACUUUGAAAGGGAAUAUGGGAAAUUGCAACAGUAUGUACCAUAUUUUAGUGGUUAGCUAAAUAUUGGUUAUUUGUUUCCCAACCCCCUCCAUUAUUCUGUUUGAAUUUGUCUCAUAGAGAAGCAUUGAGGACACAUGGAGCAUGCAAUCACUAUGGUCCUUCAAUCCAAUGCUUCUCUGAGAUGAAUACAAUACUUCCCAAAGAAAUGCACUAGAUGCAUGCCUUGUCUAGCAUCCACAUACUUUACAUGAUGAUGCCGAACCUCAAAUAGAUCAAUAAUUGAAUCUGUUUCAGUCCAUAGCCCCUCAGUAGCUGCUUAAAUGACAGUAUGUAUGAAAAUUGGGAAAGCCUUGCCAUUUCUCAAAACCGGCACUGUUUGUUUAUAAUAGCAAGAAAACAAGAGUAGCGUUAAGAUGAAGUGAUUUUUGGUGCUUAGACUUUUUAUUUAACUAAAUGUGUAAAUUUAAUAUAAAAAUAACUUUGAAUGUCCCAUAUGUUCAGCAAAUCCACAGGAUUUUGUCAUUCUCCAAAGAUCUUUACAGUAAUGGAUUAGACCUUUACGAAAAUACUGGUCUUCUUUUUGCUUCAUAAACGAGAACUCUAUGUACCUUAUAAACCCCUGCAUAGUAGGGAUAUAUGAGAAAUGUACUAGAACUGUCUUACAUUGCAGAAUGAAUACAAGUUAAAAAAAAAAGUAAAUUGCAUUCUGUACAGAAAAACAAAUAUAACAAUUUCUGUCUCUGACAGACUCGAAGAACAGACAAAGAAACUCCAGAAAGAUAUGAAGAAAAGUAUAGAAGCAGAUUUAGGUUUGUUUGUUAGAUGAAAAGACAUCUACCCCAUGUUCCAUCCUAUUGUAUUUCUUUGCACAUUUCUCCCUUCUUACAUUUUCAUUAUCUAUAACUAUAUGUGCUCCUUAUCUGUGCCACAUCAUGUUUCUGUUGUAGUCCCCCAAAUCUCAGUCCUUGGCUCCCUUCUGUUUUCUCUUUAUACUGCCUCUCUUGGUAAACAUAUUAAUUAUUUUAAAUGGCGAUGACACCUAGAUAUUCCUCCCUGAUCUCUUGCUCACUGUCCUAGAACGUGUCACCAGUUGCCUCUCUCUGUCUCAAAAUGGAUGUUAAUCACUUACUAAAAUUCAAAUGUCUUAUCUUCCCUCCUCAUAAUACUAAGCCCUGCUCUCCCUGCAAGUUGAUGGCUUGCACAUCAGCCUACCCUACCAAUCUCACUGUCUUGGUGUUAUCUUUGAUUCUAGCUUCAGUUUCAUGCCUCAUAUUCAGUCUGUUCCCAAAUUAUGCCAAUUCCACAUUUAAAAGCAUUGCUUGUAUCCCUCCUUCCUUGCACAAGAUGCUACUAAGGAGCCUGUUCAUGCUCUUGAAAUUUCUCACGUUGACUUUAUUGUUCUCUCCAGAAACUGUACUGCCUCUUUACAGUCCAUAAUGAAUGCUGCUGCAAGGCUUAUUUUUCUUUCCAGUCACUACUCUCACACAUCACCCCUUUGUCAAUCAAUACAUUGGCUUCCUGUACCCUAUACGAUUACCGGCAAAUUUUAACAUAUUAACUCUCACAAAUAAGUAAGUCUGCUGCUCGCAUUCGUACUGCUAACUCACGCUUACAGGACUUCUUAUGUGGUUCCAUUCUUAUGUAACAGUCUGGAUUCCCCAUCAGACUGUCCCCUACUCUUCAAUUCUUCAGCUUGCCAAAGUGUUUUAUGUGAGAAGAGUGUGUGUCCUCUUUUUUUGUAAAAUAAAAAAAGAAAAAAAAGUGCAAUUUUUCAACCGCAAUUGGCACUUUUAUAAAUGAACCUUUUAACACCCCCUGGCUAACAAUCAGGCAACUUAUCAUUUUACUUUAUGGUUUGUUUAGCUCAAUGGGACUAAAAACCCAAUUAAAUGCAUACAUGAUUUCAUUGGGGCUAGAUCUACUAAUCAGUUAUGUAUUUAUUAAUUGUACAAUGCUACAGAAUUUGCUGGCGCUAUAUAAAUAAUACAAUUAUAAUUUAUUGUACUUGGGCAGUUUAUAGACUCUUUAAGAAAUCCCUUAAAUCUCACCUCUUUUAAAAAGUCUAUGGACUAUCGUAACUGUCCUUACUCUCUCAGCUUAGUGGGUCCAUUCUCCACUUCACUCUAACUUUCCAAUUCUACUAUUACUACUAUCUCUAAUGUUCCCCUUCCUAUUGUGUGUUUAUACCUCACAUUCCAUAGAUUGUUAGCUCAUCAACCUAUUGCUCCUGCUACAAUUUGUAAUAGUUUGUCUAAUUUGUUUUUUAAGUCCUCUUAAAGGACCACAAUAGGCACCCAGACCACUUCAGCUCAAUGAAGUGGUCUGGUGCCAGGUCCAUCUUGGAUUAACCCUUCCUGUUGUAAACAUAGCACUGUAGUGCCCUGUGGGGGCACCCUCAGGGCACUAUAGUGCCAGGAAAAAGAGUUUGUUUUCCUGGCAUUAUAGUGGUCCUUUAAUAAUAUUGUAAAGUGCCACAGAAUCUGUUGGCGCUAUAUUAAAUGCCAAUAAUAAUUUAACACUUUCUUCUUCCUGCCAGCCAUGUCAAAGUCAGCAGUCAAGAUAUCUUCAGAUCUGCUAGCGAAUCCCUUAUGUGAACCUGACCCUGGUUUUCUGGAAAUGGUCACGGCAUUAGACACAGCAAUGAAGCGUAUGGAUGCUUUUAAUCAGGAAAAGGUACAUAAAGUUGUUUCCUAAUAUGCAUCCACAGAGGGGUUAUGAUGCUGAAAUGAGUAUUCUCCCAAUGAUCUAUAGAACAAUAAACAUUCAUCACUUGUGCAAACUAUCUUCCUCGUUUAGACACAGGUUUAUUAAGGAACUUGGCUGAACCAAUUAACCAACCAACCAACAAAUGCACUAUUAAAAAAAAAAAAAAUAAUAAUCUGGCAAUCAACUUUAAGAGGACUAAUGCAAUUUUUAAUUUUUUUAAAGCCUCUUGUUUCAAUGCAUAAGUGGUCCUGUUUUAUGUACAGAACAAACUUAAGAAGUUGGAUGUUUGGUGUUGUACCGUGAACAUGCUAAUGGACCCAAAAAAUAGUCAUUUACCAUUAAUUUUGUGAUUUGGGAAUACAUGAACAUGAAUAGUUUAAAUGAUUAACAUUCUUCCCCAUUGCUUUCUCUUUUUUUGAAAGUGAAAGGAAGAUUGCUACCAGGAAAAGUAUUAUAGGAAUUUUAUGUUUACGUAAACCAGUUUGCCCCGUUUUACUCUGGUACAUCUUGUGACAUUGCAGGUGUAUAGUGGUUUCAGAUUUUUAGGAAAUGCAAUGCCCAUGAUAAUUAACCCUCUCUCUCCUUGGUACUGCAAUCAUCUCCUCUUCUUGGCAUCUUCGUUUGCCAAGAUCUGUCCUGAUUAUUGUACUUCUACUCUUCUGCAAGAGUAAAACUGAGAGUUCUUUGGAAGAAUCUAUGAGAUCUGUUGUAUGUAAUUUUAAAUUAGGACCUACAGAAGAUAAAAUAGUCCUUAUAUAUUCUAAUGCAUAUCUUCUGAAUGCAAUGAAAUCAGUUCUCUAAUAUUCUAAUGGCCUAAAGCAUUUAUUAUUACUAAAUAGUAAAGCAUUAGUAAAGUAGGAAUGGUAAAGCAUUUUCUUUCAAUUAUCGCAUGGACCAGUGAAGCUGGUAUAUAUAUUUACCCUUAAUUAAAAUGUGCAGUUACAUAUGUUUUAGAGUACACAUGAUGUGCAAUCCCUUUAAAGGUUGUUGUCAGCAUUGAACGCAUGCACACCUGUCCAUGCCGCAUGAUUGCAUGUCCUCUUUGAACAAACUGAUAUUGAAAGAUGUGGGGGAAAGCAUAAGAGUUUAAAAGAACACUCAAACAACUUCAUUCUCUAUAAAGUCAUUAUGGAAGCAGGCGUGUCUGGGUGUCCUCUUCCUUCAGGGGUUAAACAGUUUUCAGAUGGUUCUAUUCCCAGUGUUUUGUCUUGGAUGCCAGUGAUGGGAUGACCGGGUCAGCUGAUGCUAUGAACCGGUCACCAGUCGCCAAGGCAAAAAACUGUUUGACUCCUAAAAGUAAGAUGGUGUCCAGUGACUCCAGCCUUCAUAACUGUCAUUGAGAUGAAGCGGUUAUUGGGGCUGGAAUCAGCUUGGGGUAUUACACUUGAACAACAUGCUACCAAUAGAUCAAAUUGGUAUGUAUCAAUGUAAUUGGAUGCUUAUGGUUAUAUACAGUGGUGUUUUUUUUUAAAGGACCACUAUAGUGUCAGGAAAACAAACUUUUUCCUGACACUAUAUAAACCUUAGGGCCCCUCUCCCACUGGGCUGAAGGAGUUAAGAUCCGUUCAGCCACUUACCUUUAUCCAGCGCCGGGCUCCCUCGGCGCUGGUGACCUCUCCUCCCCCUCCGACGUCUGCUCCCGAGUGGAGCCAAAUGCGCAUGCGCGGCCAGAGCCACGCGCACAUUAAAAUCGCCCAUAGGAAAGCAUUACGUUCUGUGUGCUCAAUGCGAUUUUUGCAUUGAGCGGAGGGGAAGCACCUCUAGCGGCUGUCAGGAAGACAACCACUAGAAGCUGGAUUAACCCUAUUGUAAACCUAGCAGUUUCUCUGAAACUGCUAUGUUUACAGCUGCAGGGUUAAAACCUGUGUGACUAUAGUGGUCCUUUUAACUACACAGAAUUUGUGGUAAAUUGACAAGUAACAUAAUUUUAAAGGCAGAAUUUAGGAGAACUGUAGCUUGUCCAGCUCGGUUAUUUUGUCCCAAAAUUUACAGUUCCUUUGCCAGUUGUGCACAAUUCUUAGUUUUGAGAGUGGACCCAAAAAUGUUUUUGUUGACAUGCACAUGGUCAUCAACAAACAAGAGCAUGCAUUCUUUGGCUUUCUAUAUUGUUUAAAAUAAAGUGGGGGAUCUGUGUGACGUAAAAGAAACCUAGUCAACAAGUACUUCUUUCUUGGAUCAAAUGCACCUCUGCUGCCUCUUGCAGUUCAGACUAAGAACUGCAUUCAUUACUAUUAAAUUUCACAUGAGACUAUUUGUGGCCUUGCAGUAAUAACAAGGUAAUUUGUUAUGUUUACAAUAGCUGUAUGUCUCUUUGCUAAGGCUGCUUCCUAGUUUUAAUGUUUUGUCCUAUGAAGAAAUCAACAUUUGUAGGAUAUUAUUCUAAGGAAUAAAAUCAUUAAAACGUUACAUUACCAGGUGCAGAGGGCUGCUUGGGCAUCACUGUCUCUCUGUAUUCUAUCAUAGAGUGCUAUUCUUUAUGUAUGCGUUUUUUUUAUAUAUAAACAACCAAUGUGUUGUUAAUGUUUUCUGUGUGUGGCCUCUUAAACGAAUAGUCUUACAUGGUAGCAUAUACCUGAUUUCAUUAAGUAUUUCCUUGCUUCCUAGGUGAAUCAGAUUCAGAAGACUGUGAUGGACCCUCUUAAGCGGUGAGUGAAAGGUUCGCAUUUUCAGUAGACCAAUGUGUUCUGAGCUCUGCAUGCUGGGAGACUGUUUGUUUUUAUGUAUGAUAUUUUAUAGUUUUAACCAUGUGUUGUAUAACUUAUUUUUCACAUGGAGAGAGUUUCAAUGCGAUGAAGCAGUUAAGGGUCCCUUUAAUUAUGCUGUUUACUUAUUAAGCAAUUGGCAUAUCUAUUAGAACAAUGUACAUUAGUCUUAUUGUAACUGUUCAACAAUGAUCUGUUUUAGUGCUAAAAUGGCAGCAGUGCUUAAGGAUAGCAACCAUUAGAAGGGAGGGACUAUUUUAAAGAUGUGUAUUGGCUUUUUUUCUUUGAGUCAAUAACACAAUGAAGAAAUGGUAUGUACCAUGAAAAUACUGUAGUAACAGAUUGAAAUCUGCCAAAAUGGAAUGUUCAUGCCUCUGUAAUGACAUAGGGGCAUUAUUUAUUUUUGCCACCCAUGCCUGCAUUGGUACAAAAUAUUUUUUAGCUCUUUGGAGCAACGAAUGAAUCCUAACCAGUGAUAUGACAUGCCUUAAUAAAAACAUAAUAUUUAAUAUUGUUACCACACAGGUUUAGCAGUGUUUUCCCGUCUCUGAAUAUGGCAGUUAAACGCAGGGAGCAAGCACUUCAGGAAUACAAGAGACUCCAGUCAAAGCUGGAGAAAUAUGAAGAGAAGGAGAAGACUGGAGCGGUGAUUGCCAAAUUGCAUCAGGUCAGAUAUGGAAAUGCAGGAGAAAGUUGUUGGGACUGGGAUGAAUUAGGCCGGUAGAGCUGGAAGGCGUGGUUUUGGAAUGGAUGCUUAUAUAAGGAUUGCCUCAUGUCUUCUCCUUGUUUUAUCUGUAUUAUCUAGAAUACUACAUCCGGUUUAUGCGACUAAUCUCCUAUUGUCUUAUGUCAUUCCUUUUGACAUGCUAGGAAUGUGUGCCAUGUAUGAACAAUUGUAGAUUAUGCUAGCUUUAAUGUACCUAUAAUCUUAAUUUUAUUAAUGACAGGAGGCGAGUAUUUGCUUUAGUCUCUCUUUACUAGAACUCCACAGCAGCACAGAAAAACAACCAAUCAGAAAAAAGUUAGGUACUAUAAAACCCCCUUCCCAUUGCAUCAUUUCCUCUUUCAAGCUGCGACAAAACAGAACAAAGGCAGAAAAAAUAAUGGGAAGCAACGAAGUCCAGAUACGAUGAAUACAGCAAUGUCCAACGUCUGAGAAGAACUGUCAACCGGGAUAGUGUUGAUGGACUGAAAAUAAAUAAAUCCAAUGUCCACCAUCCACGAAGAAGCGCCACACCAGAUUGUGCUGAAGGACUGGAAACUGAAACGAGAGAAAAACAGAAUCGAACAGGUUGAUUAUCCAGUGAAAUGUAUUUUUAAUAAACUUGUAGAUACCCAAUGUAGCAAACAAAAUUACCUUAAUAUGUAGAUAUCCCAACCCUAUUUAUGAAAAACAGAUAUAAGGACAGGUGACAGGUAGCAGAAACAACAAGCAGAGUUGUAUACGUACCUGAUUAAUCCAAACUAUAAAAUUAAACAAGGGAGGGAUAAGAACGGGUGGGAAAUACUCGCCUCCUGUCAUUAAUAAAAUUAAGAUUAUAGGUACACUAAAGCUAGCAUAAUCUACAAUUUUAUAAUAUGACAGGAGGCUUCGUAUUUGCUGUUUUAACGCUCAGCCAACAAAUCCAACGCUGCUUGUUUCGCUGGUACCCAUCCCGAGAAUAUUAGAGCAAUCCUAAAUGGACCUUCCGACUGCGAGAAGUGACCUCCGUUGAUAGAUCCAUUGUACGUGGGGUUACGACCUGUUCCCUAACAGUCGGUCCAUGAGCUGCCAAGUUGACCUAUUAGCCAUAUUCCUGUAGGUGUAAAGUGCCAAGGGGUCGCGAGAAGAGACUUCUACCGUGUCUCGACUCUUGAUGUGGGAGGUGAUUCCUCCGAUCGUGUCAGGUACACCAGGUGAUGUGGCCUUGCAGACAAACUCCAACCUCAGGCCUGCGCCUAAGUCCACCGUCAAUACUCGAAUAGAACCCAAUAGUGUCUAUUCGUUCCUUUAUGACCUACCCGGUGAAUUGUCUCCUUCGAAAAUAAAGUUAUAUGCAGAUAAUAGUGUGGACAAUACUAGCCGUAUCCUAAGAGACUCCAGUCUACCAACUGGACUGCGUAAUCCACGGCUGCGGUCUAGAAAAGACAUCCAAAGGACGUCCAAUCAAGGUCUCAAACUGAACUCGUGUGGUAAACGGUGGUCAACUAUUCUGGGAAUUGUGAAUCCUGGAAAGUUCAAAAGGAUGGGACCGGAAACAGGGGUUGAGAUUCCCAUCCAAAUACAUCAUCCUCUAAGAGUGCUAGAUGGUCGGAUCCAAUAGAGUUUAGGACCCGUAUAACACAGAAGAGCCCUUACGUGUUGCAGUGAGAGUGUGAAAUACUCCAAUUACCAUUUGUACAAUCCUGUUCCAUGCCCGACCUGUCAAUAUUCGUGGAGGGGUUCCUGGCCUACACGCCACCGACAAGAUAGGGAAUAAUAUAGUGAGACCCCUAGGUUCCUAUUUCAUAGACUGUCCAAGCAUGUAUCUCCCAGUGUAGGUUUCCUUGAUGGUAGUUGAAUAGGAAGGCUAGUGAGAACCCAAACCAAGAUGGUUCCCGUGAUGGAUAUAGAGUCCGAACACUGUUCUCAAGAUGUGUUCAGAGUUGUAGGAGCAGUCCUGCCAACUUUCUCAAGAUUGUAAGGACCAGGGAAGCCAAGUCCUGAGAAUUUCGGUUUCUCCAUGCUAUCCAUGCAUACGGUGCACCUGAAGACCGUUUAUGUGAAUUUUCUAGUCUUGUUACUCGAGCAAGGCAGUGCCCGUUUGCCCUAUGCAGGUCUCAGGAUCUCAUGUCACCCUGACACAGGAGAAUAGUCUGCACAGUUUGUACGUAAUUAAUAUCUGAAACAGAGUGCAAUGUCUGUUUGCUACAGCACAGGUUAUACCAAAACCUGUACUCUUGUAAAAACUGAGGAUCCUCCUUAGCCGUACUGUCUCCCGGAAUGUGUGUACAUAAGUGGGACACCUCCCCCACUAAUACCUCUGAGGGUAUUUCUCAUGUGGAUUACAAGAUGGAUCCAGUCAAACUAUGUAUACAUUGCCCGAUCAGGUAGCCCUCUAGAACGAAAUCAGUAGCGCGGUCCUCAUAUUUAAAUUGGAUGUAGGAGAGACGCCCCUCUAUGCGGUCAUAGUUGACCUGUACAGGUACAAGUCUGUGUGAGGAACAAAUGGACGGCACCAUAGUGCGUUGAGUGUAUGAGAGAGUCGCACUCUGUAAAAUGUGAUCGCACUCGGAGUCCGCGCACGGUUGGUGGUAUGAGAGGGCCGCACCCAUUAGAAGUCAAACAUAGUCUACCUCUGUGUCCGGUUCCUUCUAUGAGAAUGAGUCACUCGGAGCAUGUCCUCUAUAUCCAGCUCAGUAUCGGGCCGAGGUUGAGGGAGGGCUGCGCCUCUAAUAAUGAAUCAGUGUCCGAUUCGGUAAAUGAGAGGGGUUCGCCCUCUACUCUUGAAAAUAAAAAUAUCCGUCUCGGGCUGAGGUGAAGGAUGGCCGCACCCUCUGUAAUCCAAACCAGAGUCCAGUAGAGACUCAGGGUGACCAAACGUGGGGUUACACCCUUAUUUAAUAUAAGCAAAGUAUACAACCUCGGGCCGUGUCUGACCUUAAUAAGAGAAAGGGGUGAUGAGAAAUGUACGUUUCGGAGCUGAAGAUGGUAACUAUCAGCAUGUGCACGGGCUCCAGGAUGACCGUCGGUAGUCUGAGGAAAGCUGGAGACGUUCUCCGCAAUCCACGAGCGCCCGGGAGGUCGGAGGAGGUCAAGCCAGGCCUCUCGACGACCCGAGCGAUAGGACAAUAGAAGGCACGAAAACAAAGAAACGACCAAUGAAGUAGAAAAUGGAAAAUACGUACCUCGGAAAGCAGGUCGGAUAGCAGACUGGAAAAAAAUGAAUCAAGUGAAUCCAGUUGAAAAGGUCAGGAGCUAAACAUGACAUAGAAAAACACUACCAAUACCUAAUAUUGUGUCUGAGCAAUGUUCCCUGCUUGUGCGAAAUUCCUCUUGAAGAUGUGUCGUCGUUGGGUACAACCCGUAGUUGCGUGCCCGGGAAUCCUCAUAAAAACUUUUGCCCUUCAGGGCAUAUGGUGUAGGGCCUUCACCCCUCCAAUCACAGUUAGAUGUCCAUAUCCUGGUGUCCUCUUGGAUAAUAUGGCAGCAGUGUCUGUCCGGACAACCACCUAGAGGGUACUGAGCUUACCUCAGUGAUAUUCCCCCAGGUUUGUGGUCCAAAGGGGGGUUCGGGCACAGGUAGAGCAGGUCAACAAUGGGCCCAGUUAGAGCAGGCCAGACAGAAGGGCACAGAUGUAGUCAGUCAAUCAAAUGGGCACAGACAUAGCAGGCCAAUCAAUGGGGCACAGACAUAGCAGGCCAAUCCUGGGUUUCAUAUUAAAUGAGUAAUGGGGACCUCUGAGUUUGGCAGAGUCCCCUAAAUAUCUGUAAAUCCUCCGGGUAUCCUGUGACCUAGGACCCUUAGACACUAAUCUUAGACAGCGUACUACUGUGUGAAUAAACCGUAACCGGGACUGGCGGUCCCUAAGUGCCCAGCAGGCAACAUAGAGGUAAAACCAGUUGUAUUGGGUUUAAGCUGGAUUUGUUCCAGUGAUAUAGUGUCCAUAAAAUCAAGCUCUGCUGAGCAAUACCUUCUUUAAAGUGCAAAUUGUAAUGCACAUGUACAUACAGAUCUGUAUGAGAUAUCUUAUCUUUAUUGUAGGUCAUCAUCAUCAUCAUCGUACCGCCUGAAGGGUAUUGUACUCAUGGUCUCUUCAGGAGUAGGGCAAAAACAAUUGCCAACUCAAUGAAUCUUCCCAAGAAGCCUGAUAAGAUAGAAUAGUAUCGGCAUAGACAGGACUGACAUCUACCGUCGGUGAAACUCACAACAAUCCGUGAUAUCUAUAGCACUAAGACUCACAGCAAGCCGUGCUAUAUACACUGACAUAGAACUCACAGAAAUCUGUGAUAUAUACAUAUAUACAUAGUCAUAGAACCCACAAUAAUCUGUGAGAUAUAUAUAUAUAUAUAUAUAUAUAUAUACAUAUAUAUAUAUAUAUAUACACACACACACACACGCCUAGAACUCACAAGAAUCUGUGAGAUAUAUACAUACUGUCAUAGAACUCACAGUAAUCUGUGAUAUAUGUAUACACUGUGAUAUAACUACCUGAAACUCACAGAAAUCUGUGACAUAUACACAUGGAAAGCUAACAGAAAUCUGUAUAAACACAUGGAAAACUACCAAUAAUCUGUAUAACUAAACACAUGGCAAACUACCAGUAAUCUGUAUAACUAAACACAUGGCAAACUACCAGUAAUCUGUAUAACUAAACACAUGGCAAACUACCAGUAAUCUGUAUAACUAAACACAUGGCAAACUACCAGUAAUCUGUAUAACUAAACACAUGGCAAACUACCAGUAAUCUGUAUAACUAAACACAUGGCAAACUACCAGUAAUCUGUAUAACUAAACACAUGGCAAACUACCAGUAAUCUGUACAAAUAAACACAUGGAACACUAUCAGUAAUGAAAAGGAAACAUUCCGAAAAGAGCCAGAAAGGCACAUAAAUCUCACAACCAAGCAUAAUUAAUAACAAUCAUAAAUAAAUCACACUAAAUCCCAAAGCCACCCACUAGAAGCAGGAGGCAGUGGUAACUCUGACCUGUACUGAUGCGGAGCAGCAAAGAAAGAGGAAAUUAUGCAAUGGGAAGGGGGUUUUAUAGUACCUAACUUUUUUCUGAUUGGUUGUUUUUCUGUGCUGCUGUGGAGUUCUAGUAAAGAGAGACUAAAGCAAAUACGAAGCCUUCUGUCAUGUUAUAAAAUUGCAAAGUCUCGUUAUAUAGCUUCCUGCCUAUAGGUACAAUGUCUGAUUGAUUUGGAUGUACAUAAAAUGACAUAUUCUGCAUGGAGCCUGCAUACAUCUAUAUACGGGUGUCACAAGCCUGAUCAAUCAGCCAUUAAAGAUAUGUAUAGUUUGUGGAUAUUACUUGAACUCAUUGUUUUGAACAUUGACCAUCGUUUGUUUAAAUGGUGCUGACUCCUCUACAAAAGAGUACUUCCUAAGCAGUUUCCAGGAUCCAGAAUGCAGGGGUUAUCAAUCUCUGGAUUUAUGUAAUGCAUUAUCAAAUCAAGCCCAAUUUCUGUACUUUCAAGCCUCUAAUGAAAAAUAUAAAUAUUUAAAAAUGCAAAAAAGCAUUAGACAGAAAACAAAGAAUUAGGGUGUAGGGUGUGAUAGCACUACUGGGAAAGACUUGUAGUAGUGCCAAAGAACCAUGUAGUUAGCAUCUUGUUUAUUUCCCCAAGCAAGGGUUGGUUCUCUAUUCAAAUUUGAUGUAAACUUCUGGGUCUGCUUUGUAGAUAUGGAGUUUUUAGGAUAUGUAAUGUUUUGUAGGGGUCCAUUGUAAUCCAUUGACUCUAUGUUGUUGUAUUUUUCCAUAUGAUGGUGUGUUCGGAUGUGCUCCUGCAGCCCGGCAAAAAUAGGAGAAAUAUUUCCCGGACAGGCGUCCGUCAUAAAUAAAAAAAAAAAAGGUGGUGCAGGGUAUGUGUGAGGGGUCUGUAUUGUGGUGAGGGGGGAGGUAAAUCAGGGAGAAAAUGUAUAUUUAAAAAAAAAUAAUAUAAAAGUUUUAAAGCCCCCUUCCCCCCUCUCCUCCUUACCUCUGGCCUGGAAGGAGGGGGCAUAUCACUGCAAUCCCUGGUGGUCCAGUGAUGGCGUCUGCACUUCAGCCUGCAGAUCCUCCGGCGGCAGGCUGUCCUCACUAUUUUCUUCCCGCAAACACAGCGAUGUGUCUGAGUGUUGCCAUGGUUUCGUGCGGCAACACUCCAACCUGCCUGUUCGCGGGACGAUCACAGCCUCCUGGGUUCUCCUCCAGUCUCCCGGGUCUUACUCCCUUAACAAAUUGCAAGGAGACCUGUGAGGGAGAUCUUUGAUCACCCCGCUGGUCCAAGAAAGGCAGACAGCAGGGCCGGCUCAGCAUGGUGAAACCUUUCGAGGACCGGCAAUAAAUUCUUGCGGACCACCGGUUGAAGACCACUGCUCUAAAUGGGAUAAGGUUUGUUGGAGGCUGUUUGUUUAGUUUUAAUGCUCUUACUUUGAAGGGAUCGUUUCAUGUUCUGGUUAUCAUACUUGGAAAAAGUCCCAGGAUUACCCAGUUAAACCUUGACCUUUCAAUUGAAUCUGGUACUAAUUAUGGAAUGAGAAAAUAAUAUAUAUACCCUGCUUUAUGCUGACAACUUUCUACUUGCUGACCAUGCUGCAGGAUCCCACAUUGCUUCUCUGUUUACCUCAAUGCAGUGUGUUGUUAUUGCCACAAACCAACGACCAGCACUGGUUGGGCAGCAGAAAUCUCUCCAGUGUGAUGGCUUAGUGUAUGUAUAAAAUGUAUUCAGACACAAUAGUUGAGUCUAUAUAAAAAUACUUCAGUGCUCCCAACUUUGAAUGAUUGUCACACUCAGUUAACCUGCAUGUCUCAACGUGAAUGAUGCCUCCCAAGCAAACAAGACAGACUAGGUGCAUGUCUUUUUGCUUCCCAAUGCCUAGCUCUAUCCCAUUUUGUUAAUGCCAGCUCUAAGCCAUAUAUUUUUGUAUGACUUUCUUCUGUAAAUAUUCUUCCUACCUACUCAUUUCGGUCCAAUUUUGAGAACAAGUGUUUUUCUCAAAUGUCUUGUUUCCUAGGCCAGGGAAGAAUUGCGUCCAGUCCGGGAUGAUUUUACUGCAAAAAACAUCCAGUUAUUGGAGGAGAUGCCACAAUUCUACAACAGCCGUGUUGAUUACUUCAAACCAAGCUUUGAGUCAUUGAUCCGAGCACAGGUUUAUAUUCCUUUCUAGUUCUUCACUAUUAAAAUUUACAUUCCAUUUAUUACUCUAUAUAGCCUUUCUCAAUUACUCCUACUGUUGAUUUAUUUAACCUUUCCCUUUAACACCUAUUAUUCCACAUAACCUCAUAACAUCACCCCCCUAACAUUGUCAUAUAACCUCUCCCUAUAACCUCUCCUUUUACCCAUAUAACUUAUCUCUGUAACUUCUCCCAUUACUCCAUAUAACCUCUCCUAAUAACUUCUAUUACUAAAUAUAAUCUCUCCCUAUAUCUCCUAGUAUUACUCCUUAUAACCCCUCGAUAAUUCCUCCUAUUACGUCAUAUGGCCUCUCCCUAUAACACCACCUUUUACUCCCUAUAACUCCUCCUUGUUACUCCAUUUAAUCUUUUCCUAUUAUUCCGUUUAACCUCCCCAUAUAACUCCUCCUAUUACUCCUUAUAACCUCUCGCUAUAACCCCUCCUAUUACUCCGUAUAACCUCUCUCUAUAUCCCCUCCUAUUACUCCAUAUAAUCUCUCUAUAACCACUCCUAUUACUCCAUAUUAGGGAUCGACCGAUAUUGAUUUUCUUUAGAGCCGAUACCGAUAAUCUGUGAACUUUCAGGCUGAUAGCCAAUAACUUGCCGAUAUUCUGUACAUUUACCAUUUUGAAAAAAGAAACAAAUUCUAAAGGUAAAUGCACAAAAUAUACAUGCCACGUGCAGUGGAUGAAUUGUGUUUAGACAGGGAAGCUGUGUGUGUUUGUGUAGUGGAUGCAGUGUGUAUUUGUGUAGUGUGUGUGUGUAUAUAAUGAAUGCAGAGUGUUUGUGUAGUGUGUGUGUAUAUAAUGAAUGCAGAGUGUUUGUGUAGUGUGUGUGUAUAUAAUGAAUGCAGAGUGUGUUUGUGUAGUGUGUGUAUAAUGAAUGCAGAGUGUGUUUGUGUAGUGUGUGUGUAUGUAAUGCAGAGUGUGUUUGUGUAGUGUGUGUGUGUGUGUGUGUGUAGUUUGUGUGUAUGUAAUGCAGUGUAUGUAGUGUGUGUAUGUAAUGAAUGCAGAGUGUGUGUGUUUGUGUAGUGAUGUAAUUUGUGUAUCAUGGGGCGGGGGGGUUAUUUUUUUAUUUAAAUUUCUUUUUAAUAUUUAAAUGUUUUUUGUUUGUUUGUUUAGUUCCCCCUCCCUGCUUCUUCCCUGGUGGUCCGGUGGCUUGUUAAGUACUGGGGGGGCUCGCAGGAAGCUGUUUCUUACCUUUCUUGCAGCUCCUCCAGCUCCCCAGUACAAAUCUCGUGAGUCCCGCGGGCGCAGAGUGUUGCCACGGGUUACCAUGGCAACACUCCGUGCGGCACUAAGGGCCGCGAGAUUUGCACAGGGGAGCUGGAGUAGCUGCAAGAAAGGUAAGAAACUGCUUCCUGCGAGUCCCCCCAGGACCGUCGGGCUUGUAAUGGGCCCUGCGGUCCCAGGAGGUAUUAUCGGCAAUAUCGGUAUCUCUAUUGGCCGAUACCAAUAUUGCUGAAAAUACCGAAUAUAGGCCGAUUAUAUCGGUAAAACCGAUAAUCGGUCGAUCCCUACUCCAUAUAACCUCUCCCUAUAACCCCUCCUAUUACUCCAUAUAACCUCUCCCUAUAACUCCUCCUAUUACUCAAUAUAACCUCGCUAUAACCCCUCCUUUUACUUCAUAUAACCUCUCCAUAUAACCCCUCCUAUUACUUCAUAUAACCUCUCCUAUUACUCCAUAUAACCUCUCCAUAUAACCUCUCCUAUUACUUCAUAUAACCUCUCCAUAUAACCCCUCCUAUUACUUCAUAUAACCUCUCCCUAUAACCUCUCCUAUUACUCCCUAUAACUCCUCCUAUUACUCAAUAUAACCUCUCUAUAACCCCUGCUAUUACUCCAUAUAACCUCUCCCUAUAACCCCUCCUAUUACUCCAUAUAACCUCUCCCUAUAACCCCUCCUAUUACUCCAUAUAACCUCUCCCUAUAACUCCUCCUAUUACUCAAUAUAACCUCUCUCUAUAACCCCUCUUAUUACUCCAUAUAACCUCUCCCUAUAACCACUCCUAUUACUCCAUAUAACCUCUCCCUAUAACCCCUCCUAUUACUCCAUAUAACCUCUCCCUAUAACUCCUCCUAUUACUCAAUAUAACCUCGCUAUAACCCCUCCUUUUACUUCAUGUAACCUCUCCAUAUAACCCCUCCUAUUACUUCAUAUAACCUCUCCCUAUAACCUCUCCUAUUACUCCAUAUAACCUCUCCCUAUAACCCUUCCUAUUACUCCAUAUAACCUCUCCAUAUAACCCCUCCUAUUACUUCAUAUAACCUCUCCCUAUAACCUCUCCUAUUACUCCAUAUAACCUCUCCAUAUAACCCCUCCUAUUACUUCAUAUAACCUCUCCCUAUAACCUCUCCUAUUACUCCAUAUAACCUCUCCAUAUAACCCCUCCUAUUACUUCAUAUAACCUCUCCCUAUAACCUCUCCUAUUACUCCCUAUAACUCCUCCUAUUACUCAAUAUAACCUCUCUAUAACCCCUGCUAUUACUCCAUAUAACCUCUCCCUAUAACCCCUCCUAUUACUCCAUAUAACCCCUCCUAUUACUCCAUAUAACCCCUCCUAUUACUCCAUAUAACCUCUCUAUAACCCCUCCUAUUACUCCAUAUAACAACCUCAAAUUACUCCAUAUAUCCUCUUCCUAUAACCUUUCCUUUUGCUAUACAUAACCUCUCUAUAACUCCUCAUAUUACUCCAAAUAACAUCCUUCCCUUUCCAUAUACCCUCUCCCUAUAACUCCAUAUAACUUCUGUCUAUAACCUCUCCUACUACUUCAUAUAACAUCUCAUUCUAACGCCUCCUAUUGCUUCAUGUAACCUUCCUAUAACCCCUCCUAUUGCUCUAAAUAACCGCUCCCUAUAGAUCCUCCUGUUUACUCCAUACAACCUCUCCCUCUAACUCCUCCUAUUACUCCUUAUUACCUCUCCCUAUAACCCCUCAUAUUACUCCAUACAACCUCUCCCUAUAACCUCUCCUAUUACUCCAUAUAACCUCUCCCUAUAACCCCUCCUAUUACUCCAUAUAACCUCUCCCUAUAACUCCUCCUAUAACCCCUCCUAUUACUCCAUACAACCUCUCCCUAUAACCGCUCUAUAAUCUCUCCUGUUACUCUGUAUAACCUCUCCCUAUAUUUCUUUCUGUUGAUCUAUAUAACUAUAAUACCACAUUGCUCCAGUUAUGUUUCCCUUCCUUUAUGUGUUUGUGUUGUAUUUCUCCAUAUAAUGCCUCUCAUUACAUGAGUUUCACUAUAUAUGGUGAUUUUGCAUGUUGUAAUCUUUUUUUUAAUAUUACUCUACAUAAAUAUCUUCCUGAGACCUCUGUUCCUCCAGAUAACCAUUUAUAAACCUGUCCCUCUAACAUAUGCAUUUGGUCCAUAUAAAUCUUCGGUAAACCAAGUGCCUUUUUAUUCACUCCCUGUCAGUUUACUAAUCAGUGCAGAUAAUUUCUUCCAGGACUACCAUCAAAAUUGUGGAGCCCCUUUAAAAUUAAAAAAUAAACGUUUAAAAAAAAAAAAAAAAUUCUGGUUGCCCCACUCCUCUUCAUUCACUUCCGGACAAGUGUACACUCGUACACAAACACAGAUAAAUACUCACAAAGAUGCCCAUUUUCCCCGUUCAAAAAUACACACUUUCAUUCAGGUUUAAACAUGCACUCACAAUCUAUAACCUAACAGGCACCCUCCUGUGUUUCUGAUUUCAGUUGGGUGGCUUCCCUUGUGUCUACGUGAGAGCAUGCUGGUGUAGGUUACUGACUUCUCUUGCAUCCCCAUGCAGCAUCAAGGAUACGGGGAGAAAGUAAUCUACCUCACAUCCCCCUAGUGCUGCCAUGGAGUGAAAGAGAAGCCAACUGUGCUCUCAGGCAAGAGGCCUGGUCCAAGUGAGAUCUACAGUGUGUCAGGUGCUGAGAUUACCAUGUCUCCUCAUACGGACUGCAUAGUAUUAAAGUGCUAUAGUGGUUCUUAAGUACAUUCUGUAUCCACAUAAUAACAGCUCUGAUAGCAACACCUACAUAUUCUAUAUAUAUAUAUAUAAUACAUUAUCUGUAAUAACUAGUGUAUAACUUGCUGUGUAAUCUAUUCAUAUACCUUUUUAUUGUUUCACUUUAAAAAAACAAAAACCUAUCUCACUGCAGUUUCCUCUGCUUUCUACUGUAGGUGGUUUAUUACACAGAGAUGUCCCGAGUAUUUGGUGAUUUGGCCCAGCAGGUGGACCAGGUGGAACUGACAGAUCAAGAACGAGAGCGAGAGAAUGAGGCCAGGCUGGCAGAGUUGCGUGGACUUUCUAUAGUUGCUGAUGACUAACCACUGACCCUCAUACCUCAAUAUGUAGAUACCUUGAAAGAAAGGGCAAAAAGCGACAAUUAGGAUUGUUACUUACAGGUAACCUCGACUUCAGUGUUUGGUGUCCAAACCACUCCAAUAAGGAACUCCCAAGUGAGGUUACCUGAAAGAGCAUGUAGUGGUAAUCAGAUAUUUAGGACUUGGGCCAAUCUUGUGUUGCAUUUCACUCAAAGAUAACAUGGAUAAAAUCUGAUUUGAUGAUGACCCAUCACCUGAUGCUCAGAAUUGCCAUUUACAUUUGUCACUAGUGCUCUUUAUUUGUAAAUAAUUGUGAGAUAUGUGGGAAAUUCAAGUAUCUUGUGCACAGCUGAUAGUUAAAGUUAUUAAGCUAGCUAAAUCCUGAGUUGCCUUAGUACUUAUACAAAGUCUACCUUGAACAUCUUGUAUUGUUCACCUCCCAUGAAGCAAUAAUUCUGUUAUGUAGGAAAGUUUCUGGGUAAAACAAAAACCAACAAGAAAACAAAACACUUCUUAACUUAAGUGCUUUACAUUUCCCGAUAACAGAUCUUCAUGUAGGAUGUAGAAUGUAAGUUCUGUGAUUCCAGUGAAACUUGCCUGUGGAAUUCCUGUAAAGUAAUUAUUUUAGCGACAUACAGGGUUAGUAACUAAAGUAGCAAUUGUCAGAAGUUCAAAGUGAAUUUUAAAUUCUAGGCCAGCCAAACUCAGAAUUCUCAAACUCAGCUCUGCUUUGGCUAUUUAUGGCAUUAGCCAUAGGUUUUUCUUCUAGCUUGUCAGUCAAUGCCUCUGUGUGCAGAGGCAUUGACUGACAAGGGAGAGGAAAAAUUACCUUUCACUUGAGGCUGCUCUCGUAGCAACCAUAAAACAUGCUACAUUGAACACAUACAACUACGUUAUGAUAUAAGGUGCAUUCAAUGUUUAUGGGAGGCAUUUCAGGUUAGUUGAUGUUCUCUUAACUGGUUAACUUUAAGUUUGAAAUUCACUUUGAAUACCUGACAAUUCUCAUUUAAGUGAAUAACACUGAUAACAUCCAACCUCUACACACAUUGAUUGACACCUUUAUACUUGAAUACCACAGUACCAUAAAUAAACUAACCUUUAUAGGUGCUUUUAUUCAUUUAGGUGCACCCUUACACAUGGGUACAGCCGUGAAACAAUAAAUGUAAACACUAUAUUUGGAUACACUCCUAAACUAUAUCUUUGCUUAGGUGAUUGGUUUGUUGAGUUUGGGGCCAUCCUAGUAAACCAUCUUGCUAUUGAAAAUUGUGUAAACAUUGUAUAGAUGGAAUCUCAAAGUUACUUAUAAAAACAUUAUAGGGUUGUUUAUUUUAGCUUACUGUAAUCUGCACCUUGCUUUUUUAGAUGAGGGUUUUCUUUCUCAUAUAUAUCAACAUAACAUAAUAAGAUGUAUGUGCACGGGCAAUGGUUUCCAGACUAAAAAUACCUAUUGGUGAUGCUUCACCAUUGCACAAAUCCCUAGUACCUCAUCUGCAUUGCGCUACUAUCAGAGAGAAUGCCAUAACCCAAUAUCCGUCCAGUUAUAUACACACUGUAACAAGCUAUAGUUGAACUUUUCCUGGGAAUUUUCUUAUCUGUCGCCCCCCUUGUGGCUGCUGUGCAUUCAUCUAAGAAUAUAAUUGCUUGUAUGUCUGUUUUUUCUAAUUUUCUCCUCUUCGUUCCCCUGUUCUACACUACAUCCUUCUUAUAGCUGUCUUCCUUUUUUCAUUCUUUCUUUGUGUAUUUCAGGAAUACCUUGGUAAUGAUCUACCAUAAUCACAUGCAGAAUGCAGUACCUCUGUCUAUUGAAUUUUAAGUAUACAUCAUUAGCUGUCUUUUAUGAUCCACCUUAAGGGGACACUAUAGUCACCAAAACAACUUUAGCUUAAUGAAACUGUUUUGGUUCAUAGAUCAUGCCCCUGCAGUCUCAAUACUCUGUUAUCUGCCAUUUAGGAGUUAAAUCACUUUGUUUAUUAACCCUAGUCACACCUCCCUGCAUGUGACUUGCACAGCCUUCCUAAACACUUCCUGUAAAGAGUCAUCUAAUGUCUAUCCUUCCCUUAUUGCAAGUUCUAUUUAAUUUAGAUUUUCUUAUCCCCUGCUAUAAUAAUAGCUUGCUAGACCCUGUAGGAGUCUCCUGUAUGUGAUUAAAGUGCAAUUUACAGAGCAAGAGAUAAAAAUUUUAAGGUAAAUUACAUCUGAUUGAAAGUGAAAGCUUUAAAUGCAGGUUGUGUCAGUCAGAGCCAGGGGAGGUGUAGCAAGGGCCGCAUAAACAGAAACAAAGUGAUUUAACUCCUAAAUGGCAGUGAAUUGAGCAGUGAAACUUGAGAGGCAUGAUCUAUACACUAAAACUGCUUCAUUAAGCUAAAGUUGUUUAGGUGACUAUAGUGUUCCUUUAAAUUGGCUUAUAUGGCAAAGUAAUAAACACAUAUUUUCUCUGUAGAAUUUAUUUUCCAGUGUAGAUAUUGUUUCCUAAUUGCUCAGUUACAAAUAGAACAAGGUGAAUUGCUUUAAAAAAAAGUGUAAGUGUUCAACACAUAUCCAUCCGACUCCAUGUAUCAAUGCUCAUAAAUAGAAGGAAAAUGAAAAGAAUAAAUAUGCAGCUUAAUGUUUAAAAAUGUGUGUGCCAUUACACCAUUUGCUCACUUAAUCACUUGAAUAUACAUCAAAUACACCAUAUAUCACAAAGAUGUAUGGUAUAGUCAAUGUAAAAAGUUUUACUUACUUUUCCUCCAGUGCUGGCUAGGGAGAUUCCAUAGCAACCACUGCAUAUACGCUGUGGUUGCUAUGGGAGCAGAGCAAGCUCCUGUGGAGGUAUUUUCUGCUUUCUCUUGUCAGCCAAUGCAGAGGCAUUGACUUACAGCUGGGAAAAACAACAACUUUUAAAUAGGGUUUUCUCCUAAUCUGUACAAUAUCUAGUAAAACUGCUAGCACACUAUAUAGAUAAAAUAUCAUGCUCAGUCUAAUGAGCAUAAGUUGUUUGGGGCAUGACAGGUGCCCUUUAAGUGUUGAUACAUGACUUUUUAAUUUGGAUGACUAAACUGCUUUUUAUGAGUUGGAUGAACAUAUGUUUAAUGCUUAAUAACCAGAGCAAGUUGACCGGCUCUAAGCCAGGCAUAGACAACCUUCUGCACUCAAGAUGUUUUGGGCUACACCUCCCAUGAUGCUUUGCCAGCAUUAUGGGUGUAAGAGCAUUAUGGGGGAUGUAGUCCACAACAUCUGGAGUGCCGAAGGUUCCCUAUCCCUGCUCUAACAAAUACACUUGUACAAUUAGAAGGUGAUAUCUUCACUGGAGAAUACAUUCUAUACCUAGCACUGUUUAUUUCUUUUUCAUGUAUGCCUGUUUACUCUUGAUAAUUUUGGAUUUAAGAAUACUUUCUUAUAUAUAUAUUAUACAGAGAUCUUGCAUUCUAAGAAGUGAUUUAGUUUUUUGUUUUUGUUGCACAGUUAUAUUGAUUCUCCAUUCUUCACAUAUUGUUUUAAUUAUACAUGCUGAGAAGUUCUUAAAAUUAGGAGAGAAAAGACUAGAUGGUCUUUUAGAUGAAAUGUGGUAAGUUGACUUUGGCUUGAAAUUAUUUUAUUUUUUUCCCCCACUUAUGUAAUUUUUAGUCUAAAUUUUAUGAUGUAUCUGUCAGUCCACUGUUAUUAGAGACCCCCUAUGUUCCAAAAUAAAUGCAGUUCAUUGGAUAAAUAUGACAUGUAUGUAUAAAGAGCAAUUAUGGAGAAAAAUUGGAGCAGUCACAUGGGUCAUUCCAUUGGUUUCCAUAGUUACUUUACCACCUUUACAUCUUUUUCCCCAGAGUUGUGCUUUGUCGUGUCAUUGUCCCUGGAUGAGAAUUGUUAAGCGUUGGCAGCCAAGCCUGGGAAUCCAGCUCUUAGUUUACAGAGCACGCUGGGCAUUAAAGGAACAAUGAAAUAGAAAUAUUUUGAUUCAUGCAUUUAGUAAAUGGUGUACUUGGUGGUAUUUUGUAUGGGAAGCUCUGCUCCUUUCUACAUGGAACACAGAAAUGAUGGGUGCCCACAAAAGGCCAAGACCAAUUACAGCUGCCACAAAAAGUGCAUUAAGAGUAUUUCAUUUAUGUGCAGUGGCAUACUUCAUUAAUGCCAAGGUUAAAGAUUAUAAACUAUACUGUUCUUUUUCUAAAUAUGUUAACUGACAGUGCUUAACCCUUGUGAAUGAUGUGUGUAUACAAAUCUCUCAUUCAUUUAAUUAUUUCCUUUAUGUUUUCUGUCAUUUCUAUGUAACAUUUGCUCUUUCUUCCAGUCUGUAUGCAGGUUUCUUGUAUUGUUUCUCCUAUUCCUGGAAAUUAAUGUAUUAUUGUCAUUAUGUAUAAAUAAUCUGUUUACAAAAAUAAUCUUUAUUUUAUUACGAUUUUUCACGGUCUUAAAAGGCAUUGUACGCGUCUAUUUAAUAUACAAUAAAAUCUGUCCUGAGA